GCUCCAGCUCACGCCACAGAGCCCAGCCCCCCACACACCAAACCUGCCUGCCUCGGCUCCACAAGGGGAGGGAUGCGCGGCAGUUGUUGAAGCUCUUUCUCCCGCAGCUUACAGUUUACAUUCGUCGCAGUAAGACGACACGGAGUGGGCAGCUUCUUUGGCGUCUUUUGGGAUGUUGCCACGGCACACAAUCGGAAAGAGGUGUUUCGGCAGUUUUUGUUACCGUACUGUAAGCUAACCGCGGCUAGCACAAAGGCGUCCAGUCUGCUACUAGCUGAUAGUAGCUAACUGUUACUAGCUUGCUAACAACACAGCCGGUGAGGACGAGCACAUCUUCGCGCAGCUAUACCGGGGUUAAUCUCUGCUGUGUUAGCUUUUUGGCGGUGGCAGUUUAUCCGUAACCCGAGUCAGGUGACCGUGUUAGCAGUCGCCACUCAUGACGAGAAGAGUCGAAGCAGCGUUUCUGCAUAGCUGGGUCGUUGGCUGUAUGUUUGUGAGCUAGCCAUGACAGAGCUGUAGAUCUCACACAGGGAUGUUGGCGGUAUAGCGAAACAAGCUAAUGUUACUCAGUGUAAAAGUGAGCAUAAGAAGUGAGGAAACACUUGAGCUAAGUUGAAUAUCCAGCGUGUUUGUGUUUUUUCUUUACAAUUCCGGGUCGAAUGACGCCAAGACGGAGCUGACAAUCCUUCAUCACGACUGAACUGAAACUGGGAAUAUCGCUAACAGAUCGAAGGGAUUAUUUUUGUGUGUCUCUAAGUGGAUUUCGGCCUCCUGCUCGGGAUCAUCGUGGGAACACAGUAAGUGAUUUGACAUUGAGGGGAGCCCACUCCCUCCAGAAAGUACCCUCUCUCCCGCCGACCUAAAAUCCCCCCUGCGUCACCCUCCGAUGCGGAGAUUGCAGUAGCACCGGCAACCAAAUCCCCCACGGCGGCCGGACAUGCUGAAGUGUAUUCCCCUGUGGCGUUGCAACCGCCACGUCGAGUCGGUAGACAAACGGCAUUGCAGCUUGCAGACGGUCCCCGAUGAGGUGUACCGCUACAGUCGCACCCUGGAGGAGCUUCUCCUCGAUGCCAACCAACUCAAAGAGCUACCAAAGGUACGCAGGGGUCACCAUCCAAGGAUGACUUUCAUACGUCAUCAACUGUCUGUUCAUCUCUUGUCUAGUUGUUUGAGAUUUGCCAUGUUCACCUUGCACAUUUCCACACUAUCCUUGCAUGUCAUCAACCUAUCUGAAAAUGUCUCUUCCUAAGCAUGAGUGUUGAGAGUGCAUGAUAUCACCUGUUCAGGUACUUCCUCCACAGCUACCCUUCCUUGUUUCAAUCAAAAUGGGUUUGGCCAUUUUGUCCCGCAGUACUGAAACAGCCUGAUAUAAUGAUGUCAACCUCAGUCUUAUUCAGCGCACACAGUACACAUACACAUAUUUUAAAUCAGCAUCCAACCAAAAGUUACAAAAUAAGGCAAAGCUGAUCCUUGCUGAAGCCUCACGUGAAAGGUUUUUUUAGUCCUGGCCUGGGUGGAUCUGCUGCAUGUUCAGAGGAACUUACCCUGACCAAAACAGCUGGCACACAACAUAUUGCCUGUAGUAAUAGCAAUAGUGGCCAGCUGGAUUGGGUGUUGUGUAAGCAGGCAUGCGUGGAAUGAAUUGCAACGCCGUCCCCACCCACACUCCUACUAUUUGAAACAUGACAAAAGUCCCAAAGAGUUUAUUUUUACGCGGCGCAGAGCUGUUGCUGGUCUGUUUUCCCUCAAAGUCUCCAGAGCUUUUAGACAAAGUACUUUCCGGCCGGACUUUCCUAAUUUUAUUCACUUCAACAUGGCAUUGUUCAUUAUUAAGACAAGGCACUGGCUGUGGUUAGGAUGGAGAAAGGGAGCUUGUAUGAAAAGACUGGUUAGAAGGCACACUGUCAGCUGCUUGCGUUUGGUGGUUUUUGCCUAUAGUGAAAGGAACAAGUGGAACACUCACUGAUGGAGAUCGUUAACGAGUCGAGGUCAACAGAGGCUGGAGUGUUGACACAGGGCCGCCUGUUACCUUCUGGGAAUCACAAAUAAUAGAAGUUUCUUGUUGAUGUGGCAGCAGUGGAUGCAUUCGUGUGCUGAAAUACAGUCCCUCUAAUCGCUUAGACAUGUGUUAGCUUUCACACACAAGAGUUUUUGUUUCACUCCCCUUUGAGUAAGUUUGAUAAAUGAUUGCCUUGUCUAUAAAUAUUCUGGGGAACACAGUUUUCCUUUAGACUCUUUGCCUAAAUGGACAAAAAGCUACUGUGAAAGACAAGAAUACAGUUGAUGACAAUACCUAGAAAUAGUCUAAAAAGAAGGAUUAAGUAAUGGUAAAGACCCCAGAUUAUCCACGAGAGGUGGGCCAUAUUGACAAAAAAUAAACAGAUAUUUUGGGGAUUUUGCUUAUAACAAUAAACAAUAUCUUGCAUCCCUGUUGUUGGUGUAUUAGUUGGAGAAAAUGACAUAAUUAGGUAUAUUAAUCUGAGUUUUUCAUGUACCAGAGUUUUGCUGCGUUCGAGUUACCUCAGAAGUCAGCUGUCCAAGCUGGGAAUGACGUCACACCCGAGUUACCAGCGUUUCAGUUACCAAGUCGGAAGAAGGCAAAAUCAGAGGUGGAAGCAAGACCGCUACAUCUAUGAAACUUAUUUUACCACUUGCCUUGUCCGAAUAUAUCAAGGAUGAGGCAAGCGCUAAAAUAACUUUCGUAGAUGUAGCCAUCUUGUUUCUGCCUCAAAUUUAGCUUUUUUCCGACUUGGUACUUGUAACUUCGGUGUGACGUCACUCCCAGCUCGGACUUCUGACUUCUGAGGUAACUGAGUAACACAUCUCUUUUGGAUGUGAAACCACCUCCAUGAGAGCAAGGUUGAGCCACAUAAAGUUAUCAAAUACGACAAUCUUGAUACUGUUGUUUUAAGUCUUGCUCUCUUUCACUUGUUCUUAGGACAGGAAUCCUUAAGUUUUAUGAGGUUCACUAGUUUAUUUAAGGUGUUAUCUGCGGCGGGCUCACCCUCUUUAGAACAAACAGGUUCUGUAAUUAAAACAAAAAAACCCUGCUUCACAGAGAAUAACGGCAGCCAGAUGUUGUUCAGCUGACUCAUGACAGAAAGAUGAGUCAACAGUCAGUUUUCUCUUCAAAUGUUCUCUUGUAGUUAUGUUUGAAAAACAGAUGCUGCAAGACGAAGCUGGCAUUCGUUCGCUGUAAGUAUUUAGCAAAGUGCAAAGAACAGUUUUCUUAAAAGUUUUGGGACUAAAUCGUCUUGAUUGUAAUCAAAACAGAGUUGUACCACACCUAACGACCCUCGGAUACCGACAGAUGUUGCAUUCCCUCCACUUAGCUUCAUACCUGUCAGAUGUCCACAGUGUACCUGGUGUACAACCCUUGAAACACUGAGUGACAGAUACGCCAAACCACUCCGCUGCAGACAGCUAACCGCCAGCCUCGCUGUGUGGUGCAGCCCUUCAACCAGGAGACAUAAAUGCAUGGUGACAGAAUGUCUCGUGUGGUCGCAGUGACUGCGUAGCGUGCAGACACAAAGCAUAUGGGCCCUCUCCCGGGUCCUCCAAGUCAGCGGGGCUUCUGCGAGGGAGCAUGGGGGUCAGACCUGUGCAGGGUUAGAAACAAGGGCACUGUCUAUAUGUUGUAGGCAUUACCAUAAUGCGCUCAUAACUGCAUUAGUCUGAAUGCUCUAAUGUUUUUUGUGCACCUCCCUUCUCUUCCCUGUUGUGCUUCCUCUCUUUAAGCCAAAGAUGAGUGCGUGGAGUUACUCUGUCAGCUAUUUUUAGAUGUCAAUCUAACAUUCAGGGUCAGUUGUACUCGCUGGUUUAUUUCUGUGUGUUUGUGAAUGACAGUCACAUUCAGUGUGCGGCAAAUGCGGCUCCGCUGUUGUGUACAAUGUAUGCCAUAGAUGGAGAACGGUCAGCUCAGGGGUGAUGCAUUCAUAAACUGUUAUUUGCAAAUAUGAUGAUCAAAACAACCAUCUUAUUUCAGAUCAGUGAUGAACAAUACAGCAUUCAGAGUGUGUGCGAUGGUAUUUACGUGGAGCUCCUAGGUGUUGACAGGUCUGGAUGGUGUUUGUAGGGGUUUAACAUAGUGAACAGAUGGAGACUUAGCUGCCUUUUAAAGUUUCUGCGACUCACCCCCACUACACGGCCCACCGAUCUUAGAUUAUUCUUUCUGCAGUAAUGAUGUCUCCAUUUGCCACAUCAAGAACAAUGUCUGUUUGUGCAAAAAAGAAACAGACUGAUUGUUUGUUUUUCUCAUAUGUAAGGUAAGCGUGUAUCCAGGUGGUGAUUAUACUGCAUGAUAAGGCAGCACAAAGAAUGACUUAUCUGGAUAAACUCUGUUUAGAGCCUGUCAAGGAGCAGCUGGUCAGGAAUUCCCCUCGUGCACACAUCUUUAGCUGUUAACGCCGUACUGUAGCUCUGUUUCACCCAAGCAAAAAAAAAAAAAAAGUAAUCAAAGAGAGUCUGUAAUGGGUGAUUUGUUUUUAUUUGCCUGUGACUUUUCAUUAAGUUUAACUAGAUGCAUUGAUAAUGAAAACUGCAGAGUGGAAAAGGGGAAAGAAUUAAUCAUGCUUUGAGUUUUAGUACAUCUAAAUGUGCUGAUCUCUGUUUGAGCACGGCUCUCCUCCGAUCACAGCAAAGAUUGUGAAACUUCUUCAAUUCUGCAAUACCUGUGAGACGUAUCCAUUAAUUUUACAGUUAAUUGUGUUAUAUCAAUUGUUUUACAGUGGCUGUUUUAAAAACCCAGUUAACAUAGCCACAUGAUCAACAUGUUUGUCUCCUUUUCAGCUGUGUGUUCAUCUGUCCUCUGUGAAAGCUACUACACUGCUAAGUCCUGUUAGUUUAUGCCUGUUACCUAUUAUCUAUUUUUUAUCAGUCCUGCCCUGUGGACUGUCGAUAGGCAGCUCGACAACACUGCACAAUGACUGAUGCCCAUAAAAUAACAAUAUUGGCAAGAAAAUUAAAAUAAAUAUUGACACAGAGAACUCUCUCUGCAGAUAAGAAUGAUUAUCUUCAGGAAAUCAUCCAUCACUACGAGUUAAUGUAAGACAUGUGUUGGUCCUCUUUCUCCUGACCAACAGUAUGGGCAGGUUGUAAAUCAAAAUGAAAUAAUUAACUAUAUAGGGUGCCUCGGAGUUAAAUAUUUGUUUCUCUGUUAUCAAAACACAAACCAGUAUCAUUUGAAUUUUACUGGUUUUGUAAAGAAAAUCCAAAUUCUGAGAGUUUUCAGUCAAGUCGUCUGCUUUACAUCCUGCUGCUUAAUAAAAAAAUAGCCCUGUCUUAAAGCUCAUAUUGAGGGAAUUAUCUUUUUAGCCUUCUCAAGUCCCAUGACAGGUUACAAAGACAUCCAUUCACAACUCUGAUUGGCCCCCCUCCUUCUCAUCAUAUCCGAUAUCAUGGCUCUUUGUGUGCACUGCACUGCCCUGACAAAGCGUACAUUAAGCCUACAAGCAUAUCCUAAACCCAAACCCUCAGUUUUAAGAUUUAUUGCAGGUCAGCUCCGCCUGCUGAAAAGUACAAAAGAGGUCACUUAUUGGUAGGAAGUGGGCUGCAGGUGCAGUAAGCAGCACCCUAAACCCAGCUGUAACACAGACAUGACCCGGUAAACGUACUCAUUUGCCAUUGCUGAAGUAGGGAACAAAUCCCUGAAGGGUGUGUCCUCAUCGGACUUUGCAAAACAGGUUUUCUGCAUGUCUCUCCCAGUAUUAUUACCUCAUGAAACCUUCCAGGCACACUUGAUAUGUUACAGUAGGAUUUCCUGCCUCAACACUCCCCACAAACAGAGCUGUGAAUACUGUAUCAUCCAACUGGAAAUCGACUGUAUCACUACAAUCAGCAGCUUCCUCUUUUAACCAAAAAUUACACUCCUAGCUGUCUCAUCUCUCUCCAGAGUGAAAAAAAAAACAUGUUUUCAUUUUGUUGUUUGAAGAGAGAGGGAAGUACAUGUACAUGCAAAUUAGCAAAGAUGACUGUGCAAUCCUUUUAAUCCACAGAUGUCAACAGCGCCCUCCAUGUGUGCUUACAGAUCUUUGACUAAAGGGCAGAUCAGGGCUUCUUCAUCCAGCCAUGAAAAUGCCCCUCAGCCCUACGAUUCGUUUUAACCCUUCCCCCUCUUAAUACAGGCCAGUGCAUCUCAGUCUCGGCUCCUCCGGGAUCCUUUUCUGCCAUUUGGGUCUCCUUUCAAGCACAUAAAUGCGCUGAUAAAAAUCUGACUGCCUUUCUCUCUCCAGUCCCUUGUGUGUGCGCUCAGCCUUGGGUCAAGAGAAACCCAAAUUAGGCCCCUUCAGUCAGCUCGUGCUUAAUGUGGAUUCGUCUGCCAUUGUUGAGCCAAGUCUGAACAGUCAAGUGUGUCUUUGUUUUUUGAGAUUUCAUUACCCCAAGGAAAAUUGAAAAAAGGCACAGUCUAAUUGAGAGUAAUUGAUGCUCCACCCAUGUGCUGUAUAAUUCCUUUAAAUGGCUUGAUAGAAAUGCAGCCCAGAAAGGGUUUAAUGUCAAAAGUUUGCUGCACACCGAGGGAAGUUUGCUUUAAAAAAAUCUAGGACACUCACUGUGUACUGUUUAGUCCUGCAGUCUAUCUCCCCUCCCUAAGUAAAGCAUACAUGAGGACGGUUGCUUUCUAAAGCCUGAAUUAAUAGAAAAUAACACAAAAACAGCAUAUUAGCUGUUAAAACUGAACAACUAGAAGGUUUGAUGCCAGCAACAUAACUCAAAACAGUUGAAACAGGGACAGUAAAACACUGAAGUUUUAAUGCAAAGAUAAAACACUUGGAAGUACUUAUACCAGUCUGCGAUAGACUGUCGGGGGGGAAAUACAUUUUGACAACAAUGCGAUCUAAUAUGAAAAAACAGACAUGACUCUGAGGUGGAGGUCACCGCACAGACUCAAAAUCACACCCUAAAGUCAUGUCUUUGAACACAGUUGGUUGCUGCGUCCAUUGUUAUCGGCUAGAACUUAUGAAACGAUUCAUAAACAUGAUCUGGACAGUCUGCUAACUUUUCUGAGCCUGUCUUUUAAAGAUAGACCAAAUAUAGAUAGACUAUGAGAUUUCAUUACCUCAAGGAAAAUUGAAAAAAGGCACAGUCUAAUUGAGAGUAAUUGAUGCUCCACCCAUGUGCUGUAUAAUUCCUUUAAUUGGUUUGAUAGAAAUGCAGCUUGGAUAGGGUUUAAUGUCAAAAGUUUGCUUCUCACUGAGGGAAGUUUGCUUUAAAAAUCUAGGACACUCACACUGUGUACUGUUGAGUCCUGCAGUCUAUCUCCCCUGCCUAAGUUUCCAGUUAACACUACAGGAGAGCCCUGGUUUGUUUCUCCCUCGUGUCUGGCUGAUAUAGGCUAGGACCUAAGAUAAAUUACACCUGCCAUUGGCUUCUCUGCAGUAAAACCACAUCAUUCUUCAGGUUCAGCUCUUUGUCUUUCUUUUCCUUCCUGCUUAGGGAAAGCAUUUUAAAGCCCGAGGCUCCUUCGCUAACAAAGUGAUAAUGAAUCUAAAGUAGGAUUUGGCAUGUGAAUGUUUUGUUUUCUCACACUAGACUACAAGAUUUCCUCAAUCUGUGGUUGUAAUUGGCCCUUCCCCCCACCCAGAUAAGUCGAUGACUACAUCCAAAAAGAAGAAAAAAACAGAAGUAGAGAUUUCUUAGAAACUUAGUAAUCAGGCAAACACCCCAAGACUGAGUCAGGCUGUGACACAGUGCCUAAAAAGAGAAAGAAGAGGCCACGAAGAAACAGCAAUGUGAGAGAUCUGGCUUUCUUUUUUGAUGCGAGAGCACAUUCAGCAGGUUUCUUUGUCUGAGCUGAUGACCAGCUGGUCUCACAUCCUGCUUGUGCCCCCCCUCCCUUACAAUCUGGGGUAAAGGGAGGUGUGUGUGUGAGUGAGAGAGUGAGUAUGUGGUGGGGGGUGUAUUUUAUCCUGGAGAUGGAUUAACAGGAGAAGAGGGGGGGCUGCGGCACCUACGCUAAAGGAAGGGAUCAGGAAGUUGAGCUCUACUGAUCCCCGCUCCUCUGGGGCUCUCAAUGUUUGGGCGAUCCAUCCAUCCACGAGUCUGGGCUGACGUACAGUGUCAGAUGGGAACAGAGACGCUAGAGAAGUGGUCUCAGAGCUAACAGCCAGUCCUCUGGAGACUUGAGCGCGGUGUGGAGAGAUCUUCUGCUUUCUCCGUCAAGCUCUGACACUGUCUUUCCCUCCAUUACACUUUGAGAAACAACGCAGUCUUACUAAGGAAAUUGCAGCAAUGGCAAGCGUGCAGCACAUGACAAAUAGCAGCUGUAAGGCAUGCAAGUGGACAAUUAUUGACUAAAGUCUGAAUUAACAGAAAAUAAUGCAAAAACAGCAUAUUAAAGGUUAAAACUGAAAACUAGAAUGUUUUCUAAAAAAAUAUUUGCAAAGUUUAAAUUUGAUGCCAGCAACAAGAUCAACAAAACACUGAUAAAGUUUUGUAAUGCAAAGAUAAAAAAGUUGGAAGUACUUAAACCAAGUAGUUAAAUUACUUCCCUUCACAAUAAACCUAGUAACAUGGCUGGGAAUAAAAAAAUUGCCAUCCAAAGAGGCAGACUGUGUUGGAAAGAGAGUAGAUUCACCAGUCUGGGAUAAACUGUUUGGAGGAACUACAUUUUGACAAUAAUGCAGUCCAGCAUGAAAUUCAAGAUUUUGAGAUUUUGUCAUCUACAGUCUAUAAUUUUCUCAAGGUAUUCAGAGGGUCUGGACAAAUCUGGGGACAAAAUAAGGACAAAAGCUGAAAACCAACCCUCAGCUGACACUGCAUCAAAAACAGACAUGACUCUGAGGUGGAAGUCACCGCACAGACUCAAAAUCACACCUUAAAGUCAUGUCUGUGAACACAAUUAGUUGCUGCGUCCACAACAUGAUCUGGAAACUUUGCAAACUUUUCUGAGCUUGUCUUUUAAGAUAGACUAAAGAGGGUAGAGAACUGUCCUGUCGUCAAAUCAAAAAUUAGAUUCUUUUUUAGAAAUCAUGGUUACUGCCUUCUCUUCUCUUUGGAGGAGUGGAACCAACCUUCGUAUAAUCCAUGCACACUUUACCACUCUUGGAAUUGGAGUUGUAAUUUGGCAUACUGACCUGUCCCUUAGUGUCAGUGACACCUAUGAACAAUUUGCUUUUCACUCGUUUAGAACUGUAGUAUACAAUAUCUGUUUGAUGCAUCACGUUAAAAUGCCGAACAGUGGUUGAUUUAAGCUCCUCAAGAAUAGACAUAAUUGGACCAAACAAGCUUGGGCAAAUUUGUGAUAGGACUGUUCAAUCCUGAGGGCACAAAAUAUUAAAUAAAAGAACAACACUGCUCUCUAGCUCACAGUCCCUUUCUUGUAAUCUUGUGUGCUCCAUCCUGUGUGGUCCUGUUGACUUUUGGCACAGUCGCACUUCCUGCUCUGGCCUGGGCCCAUCACAUGACAAGAGUCUAACAAUUCCUGACUUUUCAGCCCGCAGUGUGAUUUGGACCUUUUACACUAACCCGUACACUAAUACUGCUGUUUCUCACCACUCCUCCAUUCACUUUGGCCCUGGUCACCAACCUCAAAGGUAAACAGGGAGGCAAAGCUCCUGUGAAUAAUUGAUGGCUGUGGUGGCGGUGGCAGCUGUUUGCGAUAGGGGAGAGUCUGUGGCAGUGCUGCAUGCCCCGCUGGAGCUCUGUGAUAGGAGGGGAGCUCUGUUGACAACAGGCAUUGAGUACACUCGGACAAGAUGUGCAAGGUGACGCCAUUUUUUUUUGUCCCACUGUAUUAUCACCCUGUUGGUAUCAUCCCCUCAGCAACAGCGUGUGUUUAAAAAGCUCCGACGUAAAGGGCAAAGGUCGGUCCUGCUGGGUAGGGAGUGGAACACUUAAAUCCUCAUUUUGAACACACAUAAGCUUAAAUGCAAAGGGAAGGAACAAACUUUGUUGUGAGCCAGAAUGGAAAAGUUAAAUAUGAUCCACAAGUGACAUUCAGGCCGUGCAGGAAAGGCCAGUUAUCAUUGACAAACAAGUGAAGUUUGGCGCAGGUAUAUCCGGCUCUGACAUUUUCUUCAGGAAGGGAUGCCUUUUCUGAACCUUUUGAUCACACAUGAGCUCAGGAUUCACACUCUCACAAUCACAAAUGGUCCUUUGAGGCUAAUCCGGCAGGGUGCGACUGAUGUCACCGAGGGGGGGGAAAGGUCGCCCAGGAUGGCAUUAAAACCAACCACAAACAAACACUGGCCUUUAUCUACUGACCACACUCCGUCAUUAAAAGCCUCUAUCUACCACUCUGAAACCUGAUAGCUCUUCCAUCUUCCGCCCUGUUUGCUGUCUUCACCCUCAGCUCCCUUAUCUCCGUCUAAUUCAGUAUUUACAGUAAAAUAUACCAGCUGGGAGGGAAGGAAGGAGACUUGCUUUACCAGUUUGCACAAAUGAUAAGCUAUUUUUAAUGUGAUUUGGAGUUGAGGUGAGAUCGGACAUAAAGCAGAGUAAUGUGCACAGCAAAUUAUGUCGAGUACCUGUUCUAGCAAAGUCGGGGAAUACCUCAAAUCUUUUUCACCACCUGAAGCAGUGCCACGCGGCAGAGCACACACAAUGCAAAAGGUUACAAGGAGCCUAUGGCGCCUGUGCAACUGCUUUCUCUAACGCGUCACCUUACGACAAAACGUCUAAGAGACUCAAAGACCUCACAGAUGCAGCUUAUUGGAAUGCAAAAGACAUGCUACCAAAAGGCACUGUUUAAUUUCAUUUAACAGUGAUAUAUCAUGAUGUAUAUCGAUAUCUACUAAUAUGAAAAAAAUAUAUAUAGUGAUAAACUUUUUCCUAUAUUGCCCAGCCCUACUACAACCAUAAAACAGUAAAGGCUAGGCCUGGUAUUAGAGCUGCUUUAGUACGUGCCCACUAAGACCCGGUUUGUUUUAUCAAUCACUCAGCAAACAUCUCGUAUCAGACAGGCCUGAUUUGUUGACGCCAGGGUUUUACUUGUUGAUUCCGUCUUGUUGGGAGCGUCUCAUACUUUCAGGAAGGGAGACUAAUCAAGUGAGCCCUGGAAUGCCCUGUUUUUGUGUGCCAUCCCCACACUGGACGCUGUUUUGUCAAGCAUUCAGAGAAUGUCAAGUCCAGGUAGACAAAAUGGAUUGAAGAGAAACUGCCUCUUGUUUUAUGCUCAUUAUAGUCCAUUCCAGAGCGGUGUUUAUGUACUGUUCCCUCCGGUACAAACACGCAUUAGCCUGCAGCCUCUCUAACUGAUAAGAGUUUAUGAUAAAUGAUGUAAAACACCUUGUUUCUCUGUUAUCUGACAAGAUGUUGCAGCAGCCUGUGGAGGAAUGUUAAACCCAUGAGCCUCUGAGUCAAGAUAAAGGAGUAAGGUAACACACUCAUGGCGGCAGCAGUGUGUUAACCACUUUGAUGAUAGAGUUAGCGCCACUUGAGAUCUCUUCACUUCUCUAUCCCUCUGCCUGUCAUCUACAGCAGCGCCCCAGAGCAUUUGCAAACAUUUGGUUCCAGUUGGGGAAUAUUUUUCCCCAAGCCAAGCAAUUAUGAUUAAUGAUUGUCUCUAAAUCAUUCUGUGGUGCAUUUUCAGAAUCACAGAAAUGUUGGGUGAAGGGGUUGACUAAUAUUGGUUUUUAGGGCCGGAAUCAAUUAGCAAUUGUUUGUAGUGCAUGAAAAUGGUAACUGGUUCUCGCAACCAAUUUAUGGUUAAAAUUAAACAUUUUUCAGUCAAAAUGUGGAACUGAGAUUAUAGCAAACUCCAACAAAAGCUCAGCUGAAAUGUUAUAUGAUCAAAACAAAAACUCUGACCGUCAUGUACAGUAAGGUGCCACAGGCUGGAAGUAUUUAGCUGUUACUUGUGUGAUGUUUAGCCAGUCAGAUUGUGUUGUGGCUGAACUAUAAUGUACAACAGAGUGUUGAUUGAAGCUAGACUCAGAGGUAGGGCUGAAACGAUUACUCGAGUAACUCGAGUAACUCGAUUAAUAAAAUUCCUCGAGGCAAAUUAUAUGCCUCGAGGAAUCGUUUAAAUCCGGAACCAUGUGCAGCGCACGGUGUUUGACACGGACGGUUAUUUCUGUUGCGCAGAAGCGUGCUCUUUCCGCUCCUUCCGCUGCCGCGCGUUUGGUUCAAUCAUGGAGGGAAACGAGGACAGACAGAAGCUGUGUCCGAAAUGGCAUACUGCCUGCUAUCUACUUACCUACUCAAGCAGUAGCUACUGCCUACUGACUACUCAAAGAUGAUUUGAGUAUGCCGCGGCUGCCCGAGCGUUUACACACAUACAUACUAAAUACCCCAGAAUGCAUUUCGUGCCGGCCGGACGCAGCGCCGGGAAAAUUUAAAUAGUCCUACCACAAGCUACAUAGAACGACUGCAUACCGGACAAAUUAUAUAAAUUCAUUCAAUAAUAAUAUUUUUUCUAGCGAGAAAGUAAGUGUUUACAUCACGAUUAUGAGCCCAGUUGUUUGAAAUAGUGGCUGUUUGUAAAUUUGUCUCGGCGUUUUCGGAGACCGAAGCGUCAACUUGGUCGGUGUUUGCGUCUAUUUACCGUAAACACCGGGCAGCAGCAGCUCCCCCUUCACGUUUCCAAAUUAUUGCGAAGUGUUUUCAUAAUCAACAUCUACACGACACAAACCGGGCGGCAGUGGAUGAAAAAAAUCACACAAACAUCCGUGUAUCCAUGGUGAUAAUGCUAUACACCACCUGCUAGGCGUGUGAUAAGCAGCAGAGGGCUGCAAAAUGACCAACACACAACAACAUGUAAAUAAAAAUGUAACACUUUUAUAUAUUGAAUAAAUGUACAUUUGCUUGUCAAAUUAUGUUAGUAUCCAAGAAUUAUAUUAUUUCAGCCUAUUAAUUAAACAAGUAAAAUUAGAUCCAAAGCCUGGAAAUAGUUGUGACUGGUUUAGUGAAAACUGCAAAGAUCAUUACCAUAGCAAUUAAAAGACCAUCUGCAGACCUUGCCUUCAGUAGUUUCAUGUGAACUACAUGGUAAAAUGUAAAACUUUUGGUUCCUGAUUUAUGCAGUAAAAAUAUUCAUUUGAAAGACCUGGCCUAUUUCAGUUUUGUGUGUUACUGAUGGUUUUUAAUGAGGCAAACGUGAUUCAAUGCAAAGUAUUACAGUGAGAGCAAAAUAUUUCUUAUCCGAUUACUCGAUUAAUCGACAGAUUAAUCGAUAGAGUACUCGAUUACUAAAAUAAUCGAUAGCUGCAGCCCUACUCAGAGGGUCAAACACAUUCAGCAGUGUGAAAAGAGUUCACUUUUCGGCUAAUUAAUCUGAUAAUCGGCCAAAAGGCGGAUAAUGGCCUCCAUAAUCAGCCAGGCUGUUAUUCUGACCUUUAGUUUUGUGCAGUAUUGAGAACUUCUUUGUCUUUGGCACGGGUAUUGACGAGGAGCCCAUGACGGUAUGGAUUUCAAGUAACAAUUUUUGUUCAAUUAAAGCUGAAACUGCAGUUUGCUGUGAACCAAGACAUUGUACAUGGAUUCUUGAGUGCACAAGCCGAGGAAGAUCGAAGUUUGUUGGAUGUACUGUCCACUAUAGUUUACUUUUGGUCCAUGCUUGUUACAUCUGAAUCUUAACCCUGUAAUGCUCCUCUAGUAAAGCACAUGUGUUGCCCAUACUUGAAGAAUGGCUGCUGGGAAAGGGUGAGCCCAGAUGUAUGCAACAUGUACGUCGAUGGAGGUCGCUGUGCUCAAAAGGGUCUGAGCAAACUAGGUAUAAGGGGUAGAAAUAAUGAUAAAUGACCUUAAGAUCUGAUAUUUCUAUAUUUAUAUGUACUGACAGCCCCACUGUGUCUACACUUUGAAGAUUUUACUAUUUUUAAAACUGCAAAUGUAAAAUAUGUCAGCCUCCACAACUGAAAACAGAACAUCAGAGAGUUGGAUUGAAAAAUGUUAACAAAGCGAUUUAUGUGCAGACAUCUCUAAUCACAUGCUUAUGUUUUAAACUAUUUUAUUGAAAUCAGACACAAUAUUCAACUUCUGACUGACAGGAUACAAUUUCACCUCAUUCCCAGGGCUCAGUUGUUUGUUUCUCGAUCAUUGAAGUUAUCUCUCAGGCAACAAUCAUUAGAAACUUAUCUAAAUUGCUGUGUUGACUACUUCUCCUUCAUAUCGAUCACGCUAUUGAUUGAGUCUCUGAUAGCCAGUGAAUCACUGAAGGACAACUGGCUGUUAUAGGAACCAUUCUUCCUCUUAAGGUGUGCCAGGAAACUGCCAUGUUUUAUUAAUCAUAAUGUCUUUUUUGCUGCUCAUGCUUGAUUCUGCAAGGUGUAUCUUGUGCGGCGGAGCCUUUGCUGAUCAGUGUUUUAUGGCUGUGUUCAAAUCCACAGUCUGCGGAUUAAUCAGUGGAUGAAAUUUGAUGUCUAAGGGGGCCUCUUCAUUUAGAUUUUAUGAGGAUUUCCGCUCUAUAAAUGCACAAAGGGGCUUAAACUGAUUGUAUGUUUGGGUGUUUUAUAGUUCGUACAUUUUCAGCGCCCUCCUCACUCUUGUGCUGCUGUAGAAAGAGUAAAAUAUGAACCCACUUUUUGGUGUGUUCAUAUCUCACUGUGAUGUAAGAGUGGUUUGAUGCAGAAAAGAAAAUCUUAUUCUGGUUCUUGUAUAAUUUAAAGCAUCAUAUCUCGUGUUACUGCUUGAUGCAAAGUCAGAUUUCUAUCAGUUUAAGAUAAAAAAAAAAGGAAACCCAGCUGCAUCUCUCUUAGGCCUGAACGAUAUAUCGUUUGACUAUCGUCAUCGCGAUGUACGUGUGUGCGAUAGUCACAUCGCAGAGCCUGCGAUAUUGGAGGUGAAUGAACUCAUUUAAUUUCAAGGGUAACCGACUGAGAUACACUCCAUGUGACUCAGCAUGUGCUGUGCAGCGAUCCACCAAUCGCCUUCGUCCUUAACUCAGUUGCCAAUCAGACUCACUUCCCAGUUGCCAAUCAGACUACCCUGCCAGCUGUCAAUCAAAAUCAGGGAGGAGAAAACCCACCCCUGCACAUGUUCUGCACAUGGAGGGAGACGUGUGUCCGCUGAGAAUUACUUUCGGAACUUUACUCAUGACUAUUAAGCCCAACAAAUAAGAACUGUAUGGGUUUUAAAUUGUACAUUUCCGUGGACCACUCUACUAUAAGCAGUGCGCGUUUUGUGAGGUGCAUGCAAUUCUCGGAGGACAUGCGUUUCUCGGCACAACACCGCUAACAACAACAACAACGAUCGCAAAAUGAACAACGAACGAGCGAAAGCCACCGAAAUGAAGAUUUGUUGCCAAAAAGAAAAGGAAAGUCAGUUAUCUGUAAUUAUUUCGGUUAAAAGAAGGAUAAUGUCGACCAAAACACGUCUUCUGUGUUCACCUGUUGCCACAAUAACGUCCCAGCACAAUAAAAGCUAAAAAUAUCUCUGAGACAGACAGAGGCCGUUCUACUAACAUUCACAAAAAGAGGUAAGAUCAGAGCAGAUUAACUGUCCUCAAGAUUUCAGGAGUGCAGCAUAACAUUAAGUGCUAUUCAGGUCAUCUGGUGAAAAUACUGUAUUUUUAAUAUCGCAAUAUAUAUCGCAGGGUUGAAAAAAUCGCAAUAUUAUUUUUUUCCAAUAUCGUGCAGCCUUAAUCUCUCUCAUGAUCUCAGAAAUAUGUUUCCCCUGAAGCAACACAGCUGCACGAAAGUUAAGUAAAGACGCUGGUGCUGCCUUUAAAGCAUUUCUGCAGGGCUGCAUAUUUCUGUUUUUGAGUCAUAUAUGGGUCAGGGCCACCUGCGAGGAGAAGUUCCGGUUUUGGACCCUAUCUUUCUUUGGAAACUUAGUGACCUAGGGUCAUGCUUGGUUUAGUUGGUCAUUGAGCAAAGACAAUAUCGCAUAGGUUGGAUGUGUGGGUUGUGAGACACGACCAGUUGGAGGUUCUUAAUGGAGGUGCUGAUGGGUGAAUGUCAGUGAGAGCACAACAGAUGAGAGAGGUCAGUGGAAAACAGCAGGGGUUCUUUAGAGACAACAGAGCAGCACUCACACGCAUGUAUGUGUCACGCUCAUGUCAGCGAGGAAAAACAAACAAAAGCAGUAACAGGUUUGUAGAAAAGGACACAGCAACAGUUUGUGUUCGCUGUGGCUGCAGCCCCCAACACUCCCCCCCUGACCACAGCUAUUCUUCUGUGAUUUUGUUAUUUUCACGCUUAAAACCCUUUCCUUUGCUUUGUCCUUGUGUUGAUGUCUCUGCCUCGAAGUCUGUCCCGUCAUACUCCAAACAGAACAGUAGAAUCUGAUGACUGAUUCAGCAAGUGUGGACAGUGAAGGCAUUGUUUAUACGAAAAGGUCAGUUAUUUUAAAUCGAGGAAUCGCAGCUACUCAAUACAACUCUUUGUGUUUACUCUCUUUCCUCUGUUCUCCCACGGGCAGCUUUCUAAUAAUACAUGUUCCAUUAUUGUUUUGUAAGAGUGAGGAAAAAGUUGCGAAAACAUAUUCAAGCCUCGAGAGCUUAAAUGAGCCUAAGAUAGCCCAUUUAUAGCUUAUUAUGUUCCUGAUUUUACAACUUUCUCAGGAAUAUUGCGAGGCGUCAGCGUCUCUGUGUCGUUAACUCCUCAUCGCUUUGUUUGCACUGCGGCACGUGACAUCAGAGGAAACGCAGGCAUGCCUGGAAUCUCCAGGAGUUUGCCCUGCCUUCACUCCUCUCACUUACUCUCUCUCUCUCACACACACACACACACACGCACACACACUUGAACUUACUCGCUGCGAAUUCCUGCUGGUGAAGCCCACACACAGGCACUAUACUUAGACAAACACCGAAGCUAGCGCGAUGCUUCUGCACAUCUUGCUUCGGUUAAAUUGUCAAGCCAAUCAAGCUUAAUUUCAGUUACGCCUUGUUAAAUAUGAGCCUCCACUCGGUCUAAUGGGGUUUUAAUUAAGCCAGACCAUGAACGACUGGGACUGAAAGCUCAAAUGGGAAUUCUGGGAAGGGGCUGAGAUGAAAGUGUGGAGGAGUAGCUCUUCUUUCUGUAUUUUUUUCCCGUUUGUCUGGUCCCAGUGAAGUGAUUCCAGCUUUGGCAAACUAAUGCAGUUGAAAAGUUGAAUUUUCUACGCUCUCAGAUUAGAGCCAGAUUGUGGAAAUGGGCUUAAAUAAGCUUAAGGCUUUUGUUUUGGAAUUAUUUUACAGUCUGAUCUGAAAAAGUACAAAAAAAGAGACAAUUCUAAGAAGAAUUUAUGUUUACAGUUACCGUAAAUCCUCAAAUAUAAGGCUUUUGAGGCAGGCUUUUAUUCGAGGCAGGCCUUUAUAUGGAACUCUCUCUGUCUGAGAGGCACAACUUUUAAUAUUUCAAUGGAUUCACAAAAGGGUUGCACAGUUUUUGCUUCUGCUAAACCUGCAUAAACCAGCACAUUUUAUUAUUCCCCAAACUUUUACAAAAGGUGAGUCAAUCUACAAACUGUGCAGCCUAGCAAAUAGCAUCCCUGUGCACCAGAAUUGUCUACUUACGUUUUAAAGAGACUUCAUGUGUCCAUUUGGAGCAGAAUGUCAAGACAGUGAUUCAAAUGUUAUAUAAGUACUUAGAUUUAUACACAUCACUGUCAUAUAGUUAUUGUUAUGAUAAUCACAGGUUUAAUCAGUCCUGUGCUGCAUUGACUUAGCAAUAAAAUGGUAAGGGGCCAGGCUGCAAAUAAGAUACUUGUCUAUAUUUGAGGAUUUCAGGUAUAAGUAAAUCUUAACUCAAAGCUCAUUUAGAUUUAGAUUUAGAUUUUUUUUAAACAUUCAUAGUAAAUCAAAAAGUCUUCUAGAUUUUCUCGACUCACUGUGAAGUAUUUGCUGUAGCAGCGUAAAUAGACUUUGCUUUCUCUGAACUUUGUUACGCAACUUUUCACCCACAAGUUGGAAAUAGUUCAACUUGAGUGGGCGCAUUAAAGGCUCACUUAACCUUUUCUUCAAUCUCUUCUACUCCGCAGUAUCCAGCAGCUGAAACCAGAGCAGUUGCAUGUAUAGUUUUCAUAAGACAAAGACCGUGCUUUUUAAAUAAUCAUACUUUUUUACACCUUACCUACUCUCUGCAAUCUGACACCUCUAGUACCCACAUGCUCAGACUUAUGAAUGUAAACAGGAACCUUUUUAUUUUCCUAUCAUAAUCAACUAGCGUUUAAUUAGUUAAUAGAUUUCUGUCACUCAUUUCUUCAAUCUAAUUUCACAUGUCUGGUUGGAAAAGGUUGCAGACUGCACGUAGAUUGCUCAAACCAGCUGCAGUGUGUGUCACUACAGGUUAGUCUGUGCACAAGGAUCCAGUGUGAGUCUGUGAGACUUCUGCUGCAGCUCUUUUCAGCACAGGAACAGCAUGGCGAGUAAGGUCAAGGACAAGUCCAGAUUGAGCGUGCAUGCACCACGUUUAGUUGGACUCUGUCACCGCACACUGCGCCAGACAAAGAACACGGCUCGCUGGCAAAGGUACAACAUGUGCUAUCUGUGCUCUGAAGAACGGUGCGCUUCUCUUUAUGUGCAUCAUCAGGUUCCCUGGCGGUGUAUUUUUAGAACUGCUAUCACACACCAGGUUCAUGACGUCGGUCAUGUGGAGGAGCGGCGUUUCAUGCAGCCACGGUGGAUCAGUAUGUGCUUAGUGUGAGUGUUUUGAUGGUUCCUGACGCUGAUCUUCUCAGGAGUCAUGUGGGAGGGGCGUGCAGACAGCUCUGUAAUUAUGCAGUCUCCAUGACAUAUUAAUGGGAUUUGGCAUGUGAUCUGAAGUAACAACAUGCUUGUCUUUUAAAGAUAAGUGAAUGUGCAACAAGAUUCUCUCUGCGCAGUUUAUUAAGAUUGACAACACAGAGGAAGUUAUAAACCACAAAGAGCCAGAUUGCAUCACAGUUAUAGUUCUACUGUUAGUGAUGCUCAGAUCUGGUCUUUUUUCCUCAGAGCAGAUAAUGCGCCUGAUUCAAGAGAGGCUCGGUUUUCAUUUUACUGUCACUAGAGCGUCACUGGGGAGGUUUCCACUUCCUUGUUGCCCUGGCAAAAUCAGCCAACAGACUCUUGUCUCCAAGGCGAUGGGUCUCCCAGGGCCGGUAGUUUGCCUGAUGCGGGGGCGCAUCCACCGUGUGUUGUCAGGGAGAGUCACCGUAGGCGCUGGGGCUUCCCUCUCACUGCAGUCUGCUACUGAGAGACGCAUGCAGUGGCUCCUCUAUAUUCCACCUCAGCCAAACAUGUAGAGAUCAGAGACGUCAAACUUUUUCUCCUGGCUGAGGAGAAGCUUGUGUAGCCAGAUGGAAACUGCUCUACUUGAGGUGUAACUUCACUGUAAGUAGAGCAGUUAUUUUUCACAGGGCCUGAGGUGCCGCAACAGUGACCAACAGAGAGGAGACUGUGCUGCUAUCUGAUCACUCUGCAGACUUGCUGCACUUCACUCAGGCUUCUCUGAUGAUCUGUACUGAUAACAGCAGGAAAAUCAAAGCUUGAAAGUGAAGUGUAAACUUUCUAAUGUGGGAACAGAUCAGAGCCUGAAAACAAUAUUAUGCUGUAGAAAGAGUAGGUUAAAAGACGUGUUUUAUUCUGUUGCUGUCUGGUGGCAAAAAAGUAGAUAAUUCAACCCUAAUGUUGAUCUCUUUUUAAUGUAUUUACAGUAAUAUGGAGGGGUUGUGUGGUUAAGAUGAGCUGAUGCCAGAAAGAACUGACAAAUGCUUGUUAGGUUGAUUUUUUCAGUGCAAGUUUAGCUGUGGUGUCCACUAGUGUUGGGCGGUAUGAACAAGAUCUUAUAUCAUGGUAUGAGUAAUUUCAUAUCACGGUAACGUUAUAUCACGGUAUGUUUUUUGCCCCAAGCUCUUUUGUAUGAGAGGAGCUGCUGCGACUGUAGUUUUUGGUGCAACAGGUGCGCCACACAUCUUUUGGCUUUCAUAAUAGAGCUUGGUGUGUUUCAUCUUUAAGUGGUGGAAGAGGUUGUUGGUGUUUCCUCCUCUAGCAACAACAGCCAAACGACACACUUUGCAAAGUGUUGUUUUUUGAUCAUUGUCGGAUUUUCUAAAUCUGAAGAAUCUCCAGACAACUGAUGUCUCGACGAGUUUCUCCUCCUCUUCCUCAUUUCGGGUGGGUCGGGUUGCCUCUGUUCGCCCGGUACUGCCACUAAUCUCUGCGUCCGCCACGACCACCGCCAGUAAAGCUGUUUCUUCUUCGUGGAAACUAUGCCAAGCAGUCUGCUGGACACACUGGUGAUUAUACGGAGACGCACCCAAACGGAUGCGCUUCGGCUUUCCUGUUAGCGAGCGCAGACAAAUACACACUGACUCAUAGAGACGUUGCAGACAUCUGCACUCUCUCUCCGGUAUAAAGGGUAUAGCAAAAUAUUUACGGGUACACACUUUUAUACCGUCACAUGGUAUGUACCGUCUUACCACCCAAAACUAAUUUACAAUAAUAUAGAGGAGGUGUGUAGUUCAGAUGAGCUGACAAAGGUUCAAAAUCUUGAGUGUUCAGGAACGUUUGACCAUUUUUUCCCUAAAUUUUCGUCAGUUUAAAAGCAGAUGCGAGGGUCAACAUUAUUCCUGUCUGGGAAAGCCGGUGAGACUAUGGUACUCUCAUAGCUGUCGAUUCCCAGGUCAGCUUGAAACUGUCAGGGUACAUUCCUGAGCGAGCAGUAUAAAGACACAUCCUUGUGUGCGGCGCACUGCAGCAGAGAGAAUGCCAAGACCGUUACUGGAAAAAGAUAGAGACUGAGCCACAUGAUCCUGUGAGGGAGGUCACAACCGGAACACACACAAUGCAUCAAUUGUCCUGAGAGGGCUCAUGCACUCCAGAGCAGCACAAGCACGCACAAACACAAACACAAACUUUUCAGGCAGUUUAUUCAAGGUGUAAUGCUCGACAUUUUUUCAGUAUGAAGGGAUUGUCGUAGCUCCCAGCAGUCAGUUUUCACUUGUUGCAGAGAGGGAAUCAUCUUGCAGUUGUGUUACGUAUGAGAUUGUAAGUGAUAGUUAUAGUGUACCACCUCAGAAAAGCUUCUACCAUAAUCCAUACACAUUCUGUGCUCUCUUUUUUCACGCUGAAUCAAGCAAAUUUCAAGCCAAAGCACUCCUCAGAUGCUUAAAGUCACUUACAGCGUUAACAGCUGGUUCAUAUGCCAGAAAAUUGCUUGUAUACACAAAGCCGGGGCCUCAGAGCGCCCUGUUCCUGGCUGCCAUGUUGGUCCCCUGCAGCACAGCCUCACUGAGGGACAAAAGCAGAGCUGGCAGGCAGGCAGCAGCACAUACCGGAUCCAGCCCAUCCAGGAAAGAGCCAAACGUCCUCUGCAGACCGUAAACAAUAGGCCCUCUGGUUUUGUGUCAUGUUUGUGGGAACACAGAAAAAAGAACAGGGAGAGCAUGUGAUGAAGUCAGGGGGAGUGGGUGGAGGUGAGAGGUGGAGGGCCUCUUCUACAGUUUCGGAUCUGCCUGUGAACUCAUUCAUUCCUGUUGUGUGAGAGCAUACCCGGGGAUUCUCCGGCCAUUAGUUCAACUCAACACAAAAGUCUGAAUGGAUGCAAUGUGCACUUUGCCUGAUCAUUAAAACAGUGAAAACACAACGUGUUCUCGCUGUGGUCAUGAUCAACAACUCAGUGAGUUUUCCAACACCUGCGUCAUUUACAUUUCUUUGGAAAGAGGCCUUUAGUUUUAGUGAAUUACUACAUAAGAUUCUAUUACAUCAAGCUGUCAUCUCUAUUGCAGAACGCAUGUAGUAGUACCCAAUGUUAUUGUUUCCUGCUUCCUCUAAUGUGGAGGUAGGAAGUCGUCAGCAACAGCCGAUUGAUUGUCUUUCUUAAGUGUUGUGAUUGUUUUAGUCAGGUGGUUGUUUGGCUUUGUGAAACCUGAAAUAAGGCCGACUAAGAGCCUGUGGAAGAGCGCUGAGAGAUCAAGUUCAAGGCUCCCAGUCUGGCUCCUGAUUUGAAUCUGAUUUGGAUUGCAAAUCUCAGCCGAGACUCUCUCUCUCUCUCUCUCCUGCGCGUUCUGGUUAAUUGAGCUGUGUAGACCUCGUCUCCCAGGACCGGUGAGGCAAGCUUUCCUUUUCUCCACUAUCACUGUGACAGUUUUAGUUACCAAAGCGGCGAUUAGCCCACCAAUAUGGCGGCAGGGGAGGGAUUACUCUUCUAUUUUUAAAAUGCUGACUGGAAAUCGCUUUACUGAACCAAGCAGUCACCAGUCUCUGUUGCAGAAAGCCAGCCAAGAGUGCCACCGUGUUUACCGUUCACAACAUCUAUCUAUCUCAGUUCUAAGUGAACUGCCUCAACUUUUGCUUUAAUUCAUUUUUUUGUACAGACUUCCCAUAAAACCAAAAUUUGACGUCAGCUGCUAUCUGCCCUAACUAUGACCAAAAAGUAGUUCUGUAUGUGUCAAUGACAUUUUACUGUAUGACCUUUCCUGGAAAAAUGUUGAUGACUUUCAUGCCACACCUCCAUCAGGACCUGAAGGCCACAAGAAGUUAUAAUUUGUCAUUGCUUUGUGUCAGUGUUGUCACAUUAGCAUUGUUUGGCUGCUGUUAAUACCAACCAUACCUGCUGCAAGCCCCUCCUGAGACACUUCCAUUUUAAGCAAACAAGUUCAGUAAAACUCACUGUAGAUGACUCAGAAGGGCUGGGCGAUAUGGCCUUAAAUCAGUAUCAAGAUAUAUUGAGCAGUUCACCUUGAUAACGAUAAAUAGACGAUAACUACUCCACAAGCUGCUCACCCCCUCCCACAUUAACUUAGUCUACUUCAGCCGCUACAACUUAUGAACCGUCCUCCAUCUCUUCACCUGUCUUUCCCUCUUUGUUACGGACUGGAUGGGGUGGAGCCACGUCUCUGACAUGAGACCAUAGCCUACAUACACACAUCCAAAACCAACUUUUUUUAAUUCAUUUUUUUGACACCGAAUAUAUUGACAUGGGCAAAAUGACGUCAGCUAUUGCUAUCUUUAAAUUUUCGGUUUAGCGCCCAGCCCUGUGAUGCAGCUUGUAAUUGCGCAUUUAAUAAAAAUGGCUGUAUACCGUUAAAAACACAGCUUAGCCCAUUUGUACAUCACAGCUACGAACACUACUUCCUCAGAGCUAUGGCUGGGACAAUAUGCUUUUCUCCCGAUUCGAUUCUUCUGUAAUUUUCUUGGAUGCCGAUUCAGUUUAAAUUGAGAUUCUACGAUAUUGUCGAUCUUCUCGAUUUUUAGUCUGCAUUUUCAACACCAGAGAAACAGCUGAAUGAUUAUAAUUGUCUACUGACUAUUCCAGGAACCAUAUUUCCCGUCAGUUUUUAAGAUUUAUUCUUAAAUUUGGAAAAAAAAAAAAAAAUUUUGAACAGAAAGAAUUGAUUUAAAAAUAAUAAAACAAAAAAUUGCGAUACCUAUGUGAAUCGAUUUUUUUCUCCCACCCCUGACUACUUCUAAAGGUUUGUACUCUUCAUAUCGUAGCACAGUCCAUUUGCAUGUCACAGCAGGACUCUCAUGCCAUCCGAGUGUUAGAGCCUCUUAUCUUCACACAAUGCCAUGCCCACCUGUUCUCUCUCAAUCUUCCUCUUUCGGCUCCUCUAGAGUCCCAUCAACAGACACAACUGCGAUAUAGGCUUUCUAUUUAUUUUACAUAGUGCUGCUUGGUAUGGUAUAUACAGCUGUCAAACAGGAAUCUGUAAACUGAACAUACCAGGCUGCACAUUCAAGAUCAGCUGAAACAUAAUAGUGCUAUAUUGGCAUCUCAGUGGGAAAGCCCUUGUUGUCACUGUGGUCGUGUAUUAAUCAAGUUGACGUUGGAAAAACUUUGUAAGCACUCCUCCAAGCUUAGAGGGAACACUGUCUGUCUGCAAUGUAAUUUUAGCAGCAAGUUUUGAGUGUUUAUUGUCGGUGUUAUUGUCAUGGUUGCAUUCUGUUUGGCCUGCAUGAAAAGUUCCCGGUUUCCUUAAGUAGAUUUCCUCACUCGAGAUACAUCAGGGCUUCCCUCCCUGUGUUUACCCAGAGAACGGUGGCUGGAAGCUUUCCUGCAUAUACAAAUUCCCUCACAUACACGCGAUCAUAAACACGCAUACAUAAACUGUGUACAUGUACAUCCCCCGCACUCAAAGCCCUUCAGCUAGGACCAUCCAUCCUCUCCUCACAGGCUCUGCAAAGAAAACAUGGCAGCGCAGUAAAAGGACAGGAUGUCCAGAGGGCAGAAAGAAGAAGACAGAUUUAUACCAGCAUGUCUAUAGUGGAUGGUUGCCUUAGGUGGUACAAGAGAAUAUUAGUCAAGGAUAAAGAUUUAAGGCUAUGUCCCUGCACUAUGUUAUGUAAGGUAGUGAGAGCUUUAAGAAUUAAAAAUGCUUCCUUUCCUCCUGGCUUUAGUUUUUACACACCUGGGACUGACGCCUUCUUCUUCGCCUUCUUCUGAUGUCAGGUGAAUUUAUUGUAGCAGUAAAGUGGUGCGAGCAAAGACUGUGAAGUUGGGAAGAGUCAAUGUUGGAAAAAUGUCAGUCGUCUGUGUCAAUCCAAAGUGAAGAUUGAAAGAGCUAAAAAGAUAAAACAAAGUGGUUUUAUGCCUGAAACCAGGUCCUUAAGUCACAGAGUUUGUCCUGCUACGAGUAACCUACAAAAUACGUCUUUUUAAAACUGUUAUUUUCAGAUAUGAUCUACUUAUCCAGGAAAUCUCAACCACAAAAAUAGUCAUGCAUUUUUUCUUACAUUGCUAAUUUUCCUUUUACCGACAAGGGCAGGGUUGUUACUAAAAACAGUGUUUUUGGGGGUUCAACCACAGCUUUUAUCUUCCCUCGAUCUCUCAUUGUCAGCGUGGACUUGGCUUGUUAAAGUGACGUGGUGGAUUCAGAGAGGGCCGGGCCUCUCUUUAAGCUGUGUUUGCUCUCUGCACAGAUCAAAGCCAACAGGACAGGUGUCAGUAGAUGGGAGUUAGCUUUUGUGUCAGUCAUCCUGGAUUUACCACGCCCUUCCCUCUGUGUGGCCUGUUGAGUGAUGGCGCUGGAAGGAAAAGGGUAGCCGUGGCUGAAAGUGCCACUUAAGUGAAGCACAAACAGUCAAACACGCAUAUGCGUUUGGUUUCAUAAUAGCAAAAAAAACAAAGGAAAUACACACCUACAUACCUUUUUUCUUCAGUCAGUGAGCAUGUUUGGAGUUAAUUGAAUCAACACACAUGAUGAAACACUGUAUAUAAAGUGCAGCUGUGUAGUGCUGGUGUGUUUGUGAGUGGGGUUGUGCUUCUUCACAAAUACACCUGAGCUGCAGCGACAAAAGGAGAGUGAGUGGGAGAGGGCAGGGGGAGUGGAGUGUAGGUUUAUGGUUGUAUUGUUGGGUCUUCUGUGUUUGCAGUGUUUUGUACUCCACACUGACUAUAUGUAGGUCAAGCUAAACCACAUUUAGAGCGCUCUGAUUUUUUUGAUCCAGAAAACUCUACAGAAUCAACUGUACUGCGGCUGAACUCAACUACACGAAUUUAGUACAAGAAAAAAACAAAAGAAAGUGUGUAAAAGCACCAGGGUAAGAUGACAGAAAAAUAAACAACUUUUUGAUGUCUGAUGAAUUAGGGAUGGAUGAUAACUCAAAAAUUUACCCAUACCGAAAUUUAUGACAAUAUCAACGUCAUUUUGCCCAUGUCUAUUAGGGGUGCCAAAAAAUCGAUUCACACAAGAAUUGUGAUUCUGGACAUGACACACGUAGUGUGCCGACAUUGUAAAACUAGAAUCAAGCAUUCCGGCAAAACAACAAAUGUGCGUGCUGACAAUAUGAGGCAUCACCAGGAGAUGAGAGACACAGAGCAGACUCAGCCGCCAGCUGCAGACCAACUUCAUGAAGCUCUCCGCCAGCUCCGAGCGGGCAAAAAAAGACCCCAGCCUAUCGCCUAUUGCUUGUUAAAAAAUCCAUCUAAGCAUUGAUAAAUGUUUAAAGCUUAAUAAAUGUAAAAAAAGACACUUUAAUGUCAUCAUUUGUCAGUCUGUCUUGCACAGCAGACAGGAGUAGAUCAUGAUCAGAAAUCAUUCUGAAUAAAAUCAUUUUGAAUCGAAAAUCGAUUUUAAAUCAGAUCGAAUCAUGAGACAGUAAAAGAUUCCCACCCCUAGUCUAUAUAUUCUUUGUCAAAAAAAUAAAUAAAUAAAAGUUGGUUUUGGAUGUGUGUAGGUAGGCUAUGGUCUCAUGUCCCUUUAAGACACUGUCCUACAUCAGAGACGUGACUCCACCCGAUCCAGUCUGUCACAAAGAGGGAAAGACAGAUGAGGAGAUGGAGGACGGUUCAAAAGUUAUAGCAACUGAAGUAGACGAAGUUAAUGGGAGGGGGUGAGCAGCUUGUGGAGUUGUUAAUGUCCAUUUAUCGUUAUUGAGGUGAACUGAUCAAUAUAUGGUGAUAUUGAUUUGAGGCCAUAUCGCCCAGCCCUAUGAUAAAAUACUCUUCAACAGAACUGGCAUUGUAUAGAUAAGCUUAGUUGAACUUAAUGGGGGAACUUAAAGGACAAAAAGGUGAGGAACCACUGAAAGAGAGAUAUCAAUGUCAAUUCAGUCAGUUUCAUAACCAGCUAAAAACUCCUCACAAAGUUUUUUAAGUCUUGAAAUAAAACAAUCUGACGCUGUCCUCAAAGAUAAACCGGGGAAAACAAAGACUUGGAGGGUGAAACUACAUGGUCGGUUGAGAUGAUUUGUUGGUCAGUGGCUGAAGUCUCUGUCCCCAUUAGAGCUCUGUGGGAAUCCAUUGUUGGCCCUCCACUCUUCAUUAAUAAUCCACCAUCACUCCCUUUCUCCUCUCUCUACGCCGUGCACAAUCUUCCUUUUCUCUAUCCUUCUUAGUGAGUCCUGCCUUUUGUGAUCCUUGGCCACAUUCCUCUUUCAAGUCCUUCCACUCCUAGCCCUCUCUCUAUCUCUCUCUCUCUCUCUCUCUCUCCCUCUUCUUGGCUGUGCCCUCUCGGACAAUGGAGGAAUCCCUUGGCUGAGCUGCGGGGAGAGGGGGCCUGUGACUGACAGCCCUGCUGUGUGGGGCUGCUCGCUCGGCCUUUGUCCCUCUGCCAAGGAAAAUGGAGGGAACCCAGAGAGGUGGAGUAGGGGAGAGAGCAGGAGGAAGGAGGAGGGGAAGAGGACCAGUAUCAUUCAUGUGCAGAAAGUUUAAGGAACUUUGAGUUGCAAAAAGUUCACAGCAGGAGAAAGGGAAAGUAACGUAAUCCUCACAUUUACUGAUUGUACUUUGUGAAGUUUAGCAUGAUUCUUAAAGAGGGACUGUUUUGUGCUUGUGGCCACUCAUACGUUUAGUUUAUGCCACAACAAUGACUGCAGCUAUCUAUAGAAACGAGGGUGCAGUAAUGAGCCUCACUAUUUGAGUGACCGAGCAAGUUACUCAGUCAACCAAAUCCCCCGUUUUUUUUUUUUUUUAUUCCCCCGGCUACCGAGAGUCCAGGCCAGCACAAAAGCAUGCCCUCCCUUCUUCCAUCUCCUCCCUUCUCUUUGAGCCCCUCACCCCAGUUGUGUGUUCUCAGUGUGUGUAGAUUGUGCGCAUUGUGAGGGACUUGAUAUCGGAAAGAGUGGGGACAUGCGGACCAGGCCAACUGGGCAGAUUUUGCAUGAGAUUAAGCGGCUCAGGAAUGUGUGAAUAGAAAUUCCACUCAGAAGAAAGGAAGUGUGUUAGAGUAAAACAAAAAUGUGUGUUACAGGAAGAAUAGAGGAGAGCUUUGGCAGUGUGUUAGACUUCCGCUUUGUCGCAAACUUGGAGAUAUGUGUCCAUGAUUUUUUAGUCAUGCUGAGACCUGCUUUUGGAUUUGUUUUUGUUUCACUAAAUUCCCAGAAAUCUUCUAUUUCCUCCUGCAGAAGAUCACCGGCUUUAAGAAAAAAAGAAAACAAUGAAACUUUCUUGGGUUAAUGAUUGAGGGCAAACAUGAAGUGGAGUGUCUGGGAUUUCUCUACGGUCUCCUGCACACUAAAUGGUCUCUGUAAGAGGGCUCCGGUUAGGUGUGUGUGUGGAGGAGUCUGCUCUCUCUGUAGUCUGAUGGCAUGAUUGAAGGGAAACUGUAACCUAAAUGGAGUCACUUGACUGGAACACUGCAGCCUCUGUGAACAUCAGGGCUUGGCUCGCUGAGUUACAGUGGAGUGUAUAUACAGAGGACAUACAGUUUACCCACAUGUGUCACAAACACACACACACACCUAGCUUCUCCGAUAUCACUCGUUAUGUUUUAAUUAGCUUCUCUGGAGUGAUGUGAGGUCCGCAAACAUUAACGUUCCACCCCAUGUGAAUUUGCAGUCUCUUCCAGCGCGCAUUAACACACUCAUAAACACUCUUAAACAAACACCCACGGCUGCUAAUACACAUGAACACACAAAUAUGCACGUUAAAGUGCUGCUCUAUGCCCCACUGACACACACAUGCUGAGUCUUACCGCUGCAGCCAGAGUUCUUGGCAACCCGAGGCAAAAAAAAAAACACCAAGACUGUGUAAACAGCGUAGACCUACAGCACAGGAUCCUCUCUCCUGUGACUCAAGGACGUCUGCAAAAUGCUAAAGCGUGCAUGCUCACAUCCUGAGGCGCACUUACACACUCCUUGAGAGGAAUGUACACUAAGCAGGGUGACGCAGAUAAGACCGAGUAGAACAUUUUACGACGCUCUUGCACACACACAGGGCUCUCACAGGGAUGACGAGGCUUCAUUCACUGUAUAAUUAUAACAGAGAGGAGCUCAAAUAAGUACCCGCCGCACCGCUGAACUCAUUUCACACCAGCUUGAGUUGGCCAUAUUGUGGAUGUUAGAUAGACCUGAUCCUCCUGUGUGUCAAACCUUAUCACAGUUCAACAGAAUCCGUGAGCUGUGUUAGUUCCUAAAGCUGUUUCAAGCACCACUAAUGAAAUCUUAAGCGACUUUGGACUCCUGACUUUAAAGCAGUUUAGCCGAGAACAUGCAGAUCUGACUCCGUUUUCUUUUACUUAAGUGAUCUCAUGCAGUUUGGCCACUUUAAAGCUGUUGAACGUAUAGAUUAGGGCUGGGUGAUAUGGCCUCAAAUCAAUAUCACGAUAUAUUGAGCAGUUCACCUCGAUAAAGAAUGAUAACUUCUCCACAAGCUGCUCACCCCCUCCCAUAUUAACUUCGUCUACUUCAGCCACUUCAACUUUUGAACCAUCCUACAUCUCCCCACCUGUCUUUCCCUCUUUGUUACAGACUGGAUGAGGUGGAGUCACGUCUCUGACGUAGGACAGCGUCUUAAAGGGACAUGAGACCAUAGCCUACCUACACACAUCCAAAACCAACUUUUAUUUAUUUAUUUAUUUUUAACACCAAAUAUAUGGAUAUGGGGUAAAUGAUGUUGGUUAUUGUCGUAAAUUUCAGUAUCGUUAAAUUUUCAAUUCAUCACCCAGCCCUAGUAUAGAUGAUGUAAUUUCUCUGAUUGUAGACAUUGUUUUUGUCUCCUUAUAGGCAAACUAACACUUACUGGCAAGCCAUCGAAGCUUAGUUAAAAGGUUAGAAAGGUUCAUCCAUUGAUCUUUAUCGAGGUGAACUACACAAUAUAUCGAGAUAUUGAUAUGAGGCCUUAUCGCCCAGCCCUACAUGUUUUUUCUGAUCGUAGACAUUGUUGUUUUCUCCUUAAAGACCAACUAACACACACUAGCAAGCCAUGGAAGCUGAGUGAAAAGCAGAAAGGUUGCACUGAAAGUCUCACAAGAAGGAGAAUGUUAUAGUAAAACCUGGAUAAAGGUAUUAAAACUUCACAUGUAAUUGUGGUUUGACAUCUUUUCCUACAUUUAAACACAAUAAAUGUCAUUCUAGGGCUGGACGAUAAACCGAAAAUUUACCGAUACCAAAAUUUAUGACAAUAACCAACGUCAUUUUGCCUAACAUAUUUGGUGUCAAAAAAUAAUAUAUAAAAGUUGGUUUUUCGAUGUGUUUAGGUAGGCUAUGGUCUCAUGUCCCUUUAAGACGCUGUCCUUCUUUAGAGACCGUGACUCCACACCAUCCAGUCGAUAACAAAGAGAUAAAGACAGGUGAGGAGAUGGAGGACGGUUCAAAAGUUAUAGUGGCUGAAGUAGACGAAGUUAAUGUGGAAGGGGGUGAGCAGCUUGUGGAGUAGUUAUCAUCCAUUUAUCGUUAUCGUGGUGAACUGCUACAUAAAUCGUGAUUUUGAGGCCAUAUCGCCCAGCCCUGUGUCAUUCUGUUAUACAGUCAUUUAGUAUAGCGAGUAUAGCAGCUCUAAAUCCUCUGGAAUAACCCCUCCAUUUGUUGGCCUUCGUGAAACUAGUCCCUAAUAGUCAUUUAAUAGUUUGCUAAUGGUCCAUGUUUUAUGCUGUUUUGUGCUGUUAAGACCUCACACUACCGUCUGCUGACACUGCUAUCAUUUACCCGCCCUCCCGCUCCCCCUCCCUCCUGUCCCACUGUACUUUAUCCUCCUGUCUCACAGCUUUACUCCCUUCCCUUAGCAAACAACUCUCACAAGGAGUUCUCAUUAAAACAUCCCUGUUGUAAAGUAAGAAAGGAAACACGGCACACUAUUUUUUCACUUACGUGCCGCCUCGCACUGGCUCAGUCGGCUCUGUAAAGGCCGCCUGAGUGACUGAGCAGACUGCUGCGGCGCACUAAUAACACAAUAAAGAGACGGUGGCGGUACACUAAAUCCCUCUCCUCCCACUUGUUAUUCCAAUUGACCCAUUGACCCGUAGAGCACUGUUUGGUUCCCUAUUGUUUAAUCAGAGGGUGGGAAACAGCCGGAACAUCGGGUCCAGUUUUUCAUUGAUGGAUUUUUCAGUUGUCGGCUGCAGUUGGUUGUCGGUAUUUGAUCGAAGUAAUCAAGAGCGCUGCUUUUUUGUCAGAGAAAUUAAAACGAUAAACACGUUGAGAUCUGAGUACAGCAUAGAAAAACACCAGCAGGCCUGUCUGAGAGCAGCAGCCCAUCUCUGUGAGUGUUCAUGACAACUCGUUCACAGUGCACGAUUAUAUCACCGUCAUCCUCUGAUUGCUGACAGAGCACGCGGUGAUAUCAAGAGAGCGGAGGAAUGCGCCCAUGCAGAAAUUUUAAUUCGCUGAUUGGUUUAGCCUGCGUGGAAGAAUGGCUGCUUGUCUAUUAGCAGGAAUACGGCUUUGCGAUGUCUCAUGAUGGGGAAAAAAAACAGCAUUGUUGUAAAGUAAAUAAGCAGUUUUGUGUGUUCUUGUACCUGCAGCACUAGUUUUUUUUUUUUUUUUUGAGGUGUGUGCGUUCAGUCCGAGUGUCACCUGUUCAGCCAGCGAUGUUGCCUCCCCCACCUGGGAGCCGGUUCCCAUAUGGGCUUGGCCCGGGUCACAUGGUCCCCCACAGCUCCUGUUUCCUGUUCCUGCCAUCUGAUACCUGUCACCUGCUACUCAGGGAGCCAACACCCUCUUUGUCUGUCUCUCUCCUGUGUUUAUGUCAUCCCUUCGUUUUGCUGCUAUCAGGUGUAGUUGUUUGCAUAAACCAACAGUCAGUUUCUGAGAAAUCUCUUGGAAAACAGACAAGCUCCGUCUUGCACAUCUAGAAAACUCCUGCAUUGAUUCAUAGGAGAGAAGAGAACAAGCUUCUGUUGCCACCGAAGCAGGGAGCACAAAUAGCGAAUAAGUCGAGAGCAGGAAAUGUCUGUCAUCCAGAAACAGACGAGUACAGAGCCGAGGCAUUCUUUUCUUUGGCAGAAUAAUUGUAGCACUUUGUGUGUUCGUGUUGUCUCCGAUGUGCUUUCACACUUCUGUCAAGCAGAAACCUGACAUCGCACAUCAAAAGGGAAUUUGUGUUAUCUGAUUUACAACGUGUUUAUGCAACAGUCUGCUCACAGGAGUGUUACAGCCCUGCAUUUCUCAGAUUUGAGACCUGGGACAAAGGAAGGCUUAGGAAUUUCUUGGAUUCUUCGGUGUGUUAUCAUCUCAAAUUUGACACACAAUGCUUGUUUUCAGCGGGGAGCCUCGCUCACAGCCCAAAGUUUAAUUUGAAUUAAGGUCAAGGCUCCAAUUUUGCAGACGUCCGUCCUAAAGUCCCAAGUCGGCAAGUUCCUCAUGAGCCUGAGCGGCUGAGAACUGGCUUCAGACAGACAGUGGGUCCUCUGUGGGCUGCAGGACUGGGACUGAUUGAGGGGUUAAUAGCUGCAUAGUUCUGGCGUGUUCCUCUUGCUGCUCCCGGCCAGCCUGUCUUGUCUGUCCAUCUUAACAGCAGAUGACACACACAGACGCACACAGACUCACACAGCGCGGCUGGCGGAGGAAUGUUUCUGAACGCCGUCCCAUCUAACAACCAGCCUCUUGUGAAAGCACUUGGCACGGCGACAGCCUCGGCUCUCAACGCCGCACUCCCAUCCAAAGCCACUUUGUUUGGUUGGUGUUGCCAUGGCGAGGAGGAGUUUUUGGGAAUAUGAUGAUUGGAAUGUUUUUAAAACUGGCUCUGGAGACGGGCCGCGUCUGAAUAUACAGGAAGCUUUGUGUGUACACUUUGUAGUUGUGAAGGCGGAGAGAAGUGUGUGAAAUAUAACAGUCGACUUAGCAUAUCAUGGAGAAGCCUGCAGCUUAGACUGGACGGGUCCUUAACUUUUAAUCAACACACUUCUGAUUGUACUCUGUGAGGUCUAAACAUUGCUGGAAAAUCCCAAUUAAUCGUAUAUAAAUUGAUGAGUCAGAUGACAGAAAGAGACAACAAGAUUAUACAAAGACGGAUUCAUGAUUGAAGACAUUUUCCAGGAGAAAAGGCUCAAAAAUUCUAAGAGUGUAGCUUCCUAGAUGUACCAAUCUGCUAGUUUUACUCUGAAGUGUUGUUUAACAGGAUUGUUCUACUUAUAAAACAGUAUGAUAAGGUCAUUUAGAGUUUGAGAUUUUGUUCAGUUUAUUGAUGAACUAAUUUAAUUGAGGGGAAAAAAAGGCAAGAAUGGUUGAUUUAGAAAACAAACUCAAAAAUAUGAGUCCUUCUCAUUUAUCCAAAACUCCAGUUUUUUAGGACCUAGAAAACUGACAAUCCAGACUUUAAUCAUCCGUGUAAAGUGGAUGUUGGUUUGACUUGGAUAACUUUAUUAAUCCCACCAGGGGUGAUUGAUUUGAGCAGCUUUUAUACUGUAACCCUAUAGAAACACAAGUGCAAACAACAUACAUAAAGUAGAUACAGAAUGGAUAAAAGCAAAAUGCUGAGGAGUGCAGUGGAAUAAAAGAUCAAUAAAAAAUUGAUAAAUACAUAAUUACUAAGAAUACUGGCCAAUAAAAUGUACAUGAUAAAAGGAAUAAAAUCAUAAACAGUUUAAAAGAAGAAUAGUAAUGAAACGUAGUCAAGUGUAAAAAGCUGCCAUUAGCUGACAGGUAAGGACUCAUAUGUUGUACAUUAAAAUAAAAUGAUAUGAUGGGUGCCAGGCAAAAUCAGCUGCUUAAUCUAUUGUGAUCUUUUCACUUCUCCUUGCUGUUAAAUGAUACCAUAUCCACAAAUUAAGAGAGAAACAAAAAACACUCAGGAAAAAGGAGCAAUAAAAUCAGAAAGUGGUGCAAAAAAGACUCAAAUUGGGAAAUUUGUCAAAUUCUUCAUGUUCAAAGCUAUAGUUGAACUCAAACCAAUCACACUUGAUCAUAACUUGUAAGGUAUUGUGCUGUUGACAUGUCAUCCCAUCCUCCUCUGCUCUCUGUACAUUUUCCUUCUUUUGUCCUCUGCUAAUCACAUCCCUGCCAACUGCAUCUCCCCUCAUUCAGCACGUCGUCGCUUGUUGUGUUCUGUCAAAAUGAACCGAGAGAGUAUUUUAAGUCCUGUCAAAUUAACAAAAACAUCAUUUUGUCUCCGCAGCCUUUCUUCAGACUACUGAACCUCCGGAAGCUCGGCCUGAGCGACAAUGAGAUCCAGAGACUCCCUCCUGAGGUGGCCAACUUCAUGCAGCUGGUGGAGCUGGACAUCUCCAGAAAUGGUAUGUGAGAACACACACACACACUAGUAGUGCAACUAAUUAACACACAGUUACUGUAAUGAUGUGUUUUUAGGAUAAGCUUCCACUCGUGUCAAAACCACCCAGUCGCCUCAAAACAACAAGAGGAUUAAGAGCUGUAGUGAAAUGUCUGUUAAAGUUAUGUCUGUUGUGUGGAGUAGACAUUUGAUGAAUAUUUGUGCGCCAUCUUUGCCAGGUCAUUUUUAAUAAAUCUCUAUGCUCUUAUAAAUUUGCACUAAUAGAAGCAAAGAAAGAAAUGAAGCAACAUAACAUGAAGUUCAGGUGGACCUCAAUGCGGUUUCUCCAACACCCACACAGAUAUCUUGUCCUCACUCUGUCCUUGCACCACUCCUCACUCACACACUCUGAUAGCGGCAGGAAGAGCCUACAUGCUAGAUAGAAGACAUCUGCUCCGCUCCACACUGCAUCGAGUGCUGUGUGAGCAGUGUGCACUGGCCUGUGAGGGCCUGUCCCAUCUGUCUGCCUGUCUGCGCGCCCGCUCCCUCUGCUGCAGGACAUCGCUGAGCCAGAUAAACGUCAAAAGGCUGCUCGGCUCAGCAGGGAUUUCUUAACCUGCACCUGCAGCAUCCAAGGGGUAGAAAGUUCUUUACCUUGUCAGGCCAAGGGGGGCGGAUUUCUACUUCUUUAUUCUUUAUGGACAACAGACUGAGCAGGCAUGAGUUAAGAUGAAAUCAUGUCUUUUUCUAUGUUAGGAGAGGAAAUACAGGGAUGACGUCUGGUCAUCUAGCUGCCCUGCAACAAAGAAUAUUUGAGAAAAUAUCUUCAUUUGAAUUUUGCAAACAUUUUGUGUUUGUGCUUUACAGUAUAAUGUAGAAAUUUUCUAUCUUUGACCAACUUUGACUGAAUAAGCAUCCCAGCCAUCAAUGAGGCCACAAAAUUACAAAAUGCUUCAUUUCGACCGAUUUAUUGGCAAACCGAUUGAAACGGCCAAUUUUAGCCCAUUUGAGACUAAUCGGUAAUUGGCCAAAACUCGCCAAUUUUUGCCGAUAUUUUCAGAAAUAAAAUGCGGAGAGUAAGAUUCAGUUUUAAUUUGAAAAUGUUCUGCGUGAAGAGCAGUAGCCUACAGUAAAUCACAGUAUAUAGUAGACUGUAGAUAUCUACAGUAUAUAUAUAUAUAUAUAUAUUUCUUAUAACUUUAUAAAAAAUUUAAAAAAUUGGCCAAUUAAUCAGUAUUCAGAUUUUUUUCCCCCCUAAUAAUCUGUAUUAGCAUCUGCCCCAAAAAUCCAUACCGGUCGGGCCCUAAUUUUUGCAUUAAGAUAUCCUAAAGCGAGUUGAUUAUCUGCACAGUUCCACAUGUUUAAAGCCAUUUUCAAACAAAAAAACUGCAUGAUUUAAGUAACUAUAACAGGGAAUUAAAUUUUUAAGUAGGUCUUUAAUGAUUUUUUUUAUUUGACAAAACACAAUCUAAUGUAAUUCAGUUUGAUUACAGCAAUAAUGAUUCCACUAAACGUCAGUAUCACUGCUAAAUCUCCUAAAACAGCCUUUCCUCCUCUUUGUUUGACUGCCUCGCUGUUUUACAUUUUUUCUUGAAAUUCCAUCAUAGUCUGAGAAAAGUUCAGGAGUAACAGCUGAAACCGUUUCAGGGGCAAAUCAAGCGCAGUUCUGACUUAAAUUGAAUCAAGUUGCAGAAACGUGUGUGGUGGUGGCUUCUCAAAUUCUACUUAAUUCAGAAAUUAUAAGGUAAAAAUAACCCUGCUGUACAGCCCCCCAUCUCUUUCAUUUGUGCUCUCCAACAUCUGGUUGUGAUUGCAAAGAACUUGAAAUGAUCUGCACUAUAAAGUAUGCCCCCCCCCUCAACACUCAACAUCUGUGUGUCCAUGGCGCUGACCGUUUCUUACCCCCCAUCGGCCGUCUCUUUUCUCCUGCAGACAUUCCUGAGAUCCCCGAGAGCAUUAAGUUCUGCAGAGCUUUGGAGAUUGCAGACUUCAGUGGAAACCCUCUAUCCAGGUGAGUCCAAUCUCAUUCAGCAUGAAGAGAAGCAGAACAUAGAACAUCACUUUUGAAUACAACAUGUUUGAUGCUGGUUUGUGACUGCAGUUCUUCCGUUCAUAAGGAUUGAUAAUAAAGUUAACUCCACUGAUUCUGUGAUGUGAAUCCUUUGAGGUUUUUUUACAUGUCACUGUAAGACUCAACUUUGCAAUCUUCCCCAAUCAAUAGUGUCCGAGCCGCUAUUUUACCUUCUAAACUACCUCCUAUAAAAGCAGUGACAUAACUGCUCGCAGGGACUUUGAUGCUCGUUCUUAAAUAGAUGAAAAAGGCUGAUUAUUCUUGUUUCUGUGAGUCAAGUGAUCCCAUGUGUUGGAAAGCCCUAAAAAUUCUCUGUCUAUUCUUUGUUUUUGUUUUUUUUUUCUGCUCCAGAUUGCCGGAUGGUUUCACUCAGCUCAGAGCGCUGGCUCACUUAGCGCUGAACAACGUGUCACUGCAAAUUCUGCCCAAUGACAUCGGAAAGUACGUACACAUGUGCACAUCAUCUCUAGUAAUGAUAUAGUCUGAGUUCUUGUCAUGUUAGUUUUUGCAUCUUUGCUCACAUUUGAGUUUUGUCUGUCUUAAAAUUGUUAAUGCUAUCAAAUAAAAGUGAUAAGUGUUCAACAGAGAGGGGAACAAAAAAGUUUGAUUAAAGGAAACUAAGAUUCUGACUUAAGAAAGCUUCUCCAACUUUUUUUAGUUUAGCAAUGACUAUGUGAACUGGAAAAUUAAAGACAUGAAAUAAUUGAUGUUGAAUCAAAAUACAAGCUCAUAAAUUAUGUCAAAACUGUCCUAUUAAGCCGUCCAACUGGUCUGUUUUAUCAGACUGGAGGACUGGUAUCCAUUCAGAUCCUUGUUACAUGAGAAGACUGAACAGGUUCUUAAGUGUGAGUGUGAUUCCGUUGCCCAGUGGGCUGCGAGGCAGCUGGUCUCUGGGCUCUGGGCCACUGCUGGCCUCACACAGAUGGAAGAGCCCCCUCACCAUGCCAGGCAGCCCAGACGAACAGACCUGCCAUCUGACUAACCAACCUGCCUCUCCUCUUCUCCUCUCUUCCUCCCCCAUCCUCUCUUCAUCGCACUGCCAACUCCUACUCCCCUUCUCCGUCUCCUCCGUUUUUUUACUGCCUUUCCUGUUUUUAGCCUGGCCAACCUGGUGUCGUUGGAGCUCAGGGAGAAUCUGCUCAAGUCUCUGCCCACGUAAGUGUCAGCUCCCCGCAGCUCGUGUAUGCAAAACUGGGUCCAGGCGUCUCCAUCAAGCACAAUAAGAGCCUGUUGAUUUACAAGAUGACACAAUCGCUUUACUCAGGAAAAUCACAGAUGCUGCUUUUCCUCAUACCACUUCAUUUUUUAAGAUUUGCUUUGUAGAAAUUAGUUUUAGUGUAAAAACUUUAUGUUGCAGAACUUUACAAAAAAAGAUACAGCAUGACAGAAGAUGACAGAGACGUCAGUGCACGUGUAAAACAUUCUUUGUCAGCACAUGUGAAUGACUGGUAUGCCAACUCUGUGGUCCUAUAGGACACAUACUUGUGUAACUAACUGCAUGUGCUCUUGGUGUGUGUUUUCAGGUCGCUCUCUUUCCUGGUGAAACUGGAACAGCUGGACCUGGGCAGUAACGAACUGGAACUUUUGGUAACUAGAAGCUAAUCCCCUAAAACCCUUUGAUUUAUUCUACUCUAAAUGAUUCACUCUUAAGGUGAGGUAGUGACAUGAUCAGUUUCAGAUAUAAACAGCUUCUUAGAGAUCCUCCUCACUUUCCCUCCCUACAUAAGAAAUGAUGACAGCCACAUGUUUACCUUAAAAAACACAGCAGAGCCGGUGUGUCACACCUGAGGCCUUUCAUACACUGAUCUCCACAGUGGGAACGCCCACCUGUCUCAACAGGGCAGAAUAAACAAUACCUCAUGACCUGACAGGGGUGGAGGCUGAGCAAACAGUUGACAUAAUGAUGAAACACUGCCUGACUGCCUGCAUUUUUCUUUACUUCAUUUUUAGUCAGACUUCACUUCGAGGUUAUUUUGGGAGACAAGAAAAUCAAUACGUGUUUACUGACUCUAUUCCACAACUGGAAGAGAAGUAUGACAAAUAACAGGUCCUAAAAAGAAAGAAAAAAGUCUUUUAACAUCUUUUCUUUUCAUUUUAUGAAUAAGAGGAUGAAAUCAAAUUCUCCUCUAAGACUCGCUGAAAACCAGAAAUCAAAAACCAGAUUCCUUCUUGUCACAAACUGACACUCAAAUGUUUGAUUCUUCAGCAGCGUGCUUGUGUAUUUAGGGCAGGUUGUUUCUGUUUUUAGCCGUGGCCUCAGCUCCUUUAACGAGCCUCAAAAGAAACCGUUUUUCUGCUCACUGUUGUGUGUGUUUAUUAGAGCAUGCUGUCUCUGAUUUUGAACUUCAGACAUUUACAAAAAUAGUUAUGUUUUUUCGAAUGAUCAGCUGACCUGCUGUGCCAUCCCUCUCUUCUUCUCUGUGUGUCAUAGCCGGACACCCUGGGUGCUCUCCCCAACCUGAGGGAGUUGUGGCUGGACCGUAACCAGCUGUCCUCAUUACCACCAGUGAGUAAACGUUUAAUACAACCUAUUUCUCACCUUCAUUUUUUUCAUCAGGGGUGAAAAUUCCCUGUUUCCCUUUUCAGCUGAGUAAACGUGAUUUUGUCGUCCUCGUGUGUACAGGAGUUGGGGAAUCUGCGGAGACUGGUGUGUCUAGAUGUGUCCGAGAAUCAUCUGGAAGAGCUUCCCUCAGAGCUGAACGGUCUCCUGGCUCUCACUGACCUGCUGCUCACACAGAAUCAGCUGGAUGUGGUCCCAGACAGCAUAGGUGAGAAGCACAGGGCUGAAGAGAAUGAGGCUCUUUAUAAAAACAGAAGAGUCAUUUCUUCACAUUUGAAAGAAAUUCUGUGUAGAUGUCACACAAUAUGGAAAGGAUCAGCAUGCCAGCAGAUGUACAGAAACCACCAGAGUGUGUGUUUCAUGUCAGUAGUGGGUGGUAUAACUUUAUACUAAAACACCACAGAAGAGCACCACAGGUCUGCAACACCAAGGUGUUCUCCAGCAGAGCGAUGAGUACAAACUGAGAGACUGGGAGCGUGUGAAAAGUACAUAUCGGGCUGUAUAUUUAGUUUGUAUAGAAUUGCCAGAUUCCACUUCAGAACCAAAUGUUUAUCCAGUUGAUACAUUUCUGUGUGCCUCUGAAUGUCCAGGCAGAGAUCUGGUCAGGAGACAGGGUUGAGUUGACUGACAUAAAAUCCAUAAAAUUUGACCUAGGAAGUCUAGUUUGAGUUUCAGAUUUAGCAUAACUCAAGCAUGCAAAAUUCUGAUGAGGAUGCAAAAAAUAAAGGAUGGAAAAGCAAAAAGUGGAAAUAUUUAUAAUAUGGAUGCAGUGAAAUAUUGGAAAUGGACCUUUACCUUUUGCAGUCUGUGUACAAAGACUUCCAAUUAAGCAGCCGAGGAUAAGAUGAGGCUUUAGGAACAAGUGUUGGCAGAUAGUUGUCUGGUAAAUAACAACACUGCCCUCUACUGGUAAAAUGAUGCCAGUGAAGUUUCCCAGGGAAUAACAGCUGCAGAUUUCUUUUUUAAGAUUAGAUUUAAAAGCAUAGAGUCAUGAAAAAUUCACAGCACUGUACCCUUUUAGUCACACUCAGUGAAAUAUUUGUCAUAUUUGUUAAACCGCUGUUGUGUUUUGAAUCCAGGCUGCCUGAAACAGCUGUCAAUCUUGAAGGUGGACCAGAACAGACUGACCCAGCUGACUGAUUCAAUAGGAGAGUGUGAACACCUCACAGAACUGGUUCUUACCGAGAACCUUUUACAGGUACACAGGGAGAUAUAAACCACUCAUACAUCCUUUCACUCUCCAUUAAUAUAUCUGUGUCCAUUUUACAGCUUUUAAACUCCAUUACAAUUCUCUCUCAUUUAUUAAUGGCUCCUUUCUCACUACAUUAAAGUCACUUCCUCGCUCGCUGGGCAAGCUGAAGAAGCUGACCAACCUGAAUGUAGACCGUAAUCGUUUGGGCAACGUGCCUAAAGAGCUGGGCGGCUGUGCCAGCCUCAACGUUCUCUCACUCAGAGACAACCGGCUGAGCAAACUGCCCGCUGAGCUCGCAGACGCCACAGAUCUGCACGUGCUGGAUGUGGCCGGAAACAGGUAACCUCAACUCAACUGCUCACCUUGCUUUUAGAAUUAAGAAGUGUGUAUUUCCCCAAGUUUAACUCUUACAGUAUGAUCAGGACAACUACUCAGUAAGUAUCAAUAAACCUCAUGAUAGCUGACAAGAUAUAUUUGUUGAUUAUUUCAAAGUCGGAGCUUGACUGACAUUUCAACAGGAUAAGAUGUACGAAUACUUAAGCUCAAAGUUUCUAGUUUGCUUUACAGACUCUUAAGAAAUCAGAAGGAUCUAGUGGUGGAUGACGUUUCGACUCGUUUCUAAAAAUAAAAGAUUACAGCUCAUCUUUUCCUCCCUUUUGUUCUCCAGAUUACAAAACCUGCCUUUUGCCUUGACAAACCUCAAUCUGAAAGCCAUGUGGCUCGCAGAAAACCAAUCACAGCCGAUGCUCAAGUUCCAGACCGAGGAUGACGAGCGCACGGGAGAGAAGGUGCUGACGUGCUACUUACUGCCCCAGCAGCCUUCUCCAAGCCUAGGUGAGUAACACUUAGCGACAGGAUCUCUCUGUGGUUUGUCAUUGUUUUUCGUUUUAGUUGAAGGCUCAGUCGGUUAUUCUGACAUUUUAAUUGUCUGUAAUUCCAGCUGUUCCAGCCUUGUUUUGGUCUCAAUGGCACAUUUAGUAGUGACAGUGUGUUUUUGGCUCAUGCUUGUAUACUAUAUAAUUACUGGUACAAACAGUGAUUCUGAAUCAAACACUGAUUGUGUAGAUUUGCAUUAAAACUGUUACUCUGAUUAAAAAAAGAGCGACAUAUCAGAGGUUAAAAUUGAAUUUUCACUAGUUUUAUUCAAAGAAUAUAUGCUCAAUGAUUAACACUCGGUCUAAAAAAAUUCUGCAACUACUAGAAUGACCAUAAGUAGUCAUUUUGACUGCUCAGUCUUUAUUUGCACAUAAUCAACAAUAAAAACUAAUAAUAAAUUGGUGGAGUAGAUAAAAAACACAUCAGUUCACAGGAUGAAAAUCAUAAUAAAUACGAUUUUUAAGAACCUUCCUCAAAAUACCGAGACAUAUCAUUACCUGAACUUGCUCAUCCGUCGGAUUCUUCCUCAUCAAGGCUCUGAAGCAAAGCUACAGCCUCCAUACUUGUCAUUUUUCUUCUCGAUGUCAUUUUUGAGUCUUUUGAGUAAAGUUAUAGACAGAGUUUAGCUUCACAGCACUUAAAGUACAAAACAAACAACAGAGCAGGAGAAAGAGCGGGAAAAUAUAGCAAAUAGCGAAAUAUAACUCCCUUAGUAAAAAGCAUGCGGUCAAUUUGACUGCUCUGGUCAUUCGAGGAGGUAAUACUCAGAUCGCUUCGGUGUUUUGAAAUUAUAAUGAUAUAAAAAUAUUAGAAUAAAAUAUACACACAUGUAGUAAAAGCCAGGCUGCGACUGAUGUAUAGGUUUAAUUUUUAAAAAGUUAUGACAUUGUAAAUUUUGAAAACAUUCUAAAUGACCGCCUUGGUAAUUCAAGUGUUAAUGUGAAGCACGGCACUAAAAACAGACAUGACUCUGCAGUGGAAACCACUGCAUUGAUUCAAAAUCACUUCCAUAAAUCAAUGUCUCUGAACACACUUUUUUCUGUAUGCAAAAUAUUUGGCACAUGACAAAACAAACAUCAAAAAAACCUGAACUGUGUUUUCCAUAAAAUUUAAAGGCUGCCUACAUAUUCCAUAAGUUCUAUUUACACUGUUUAAUAUAAAGAUUUGCCAGCCAUCAAUUUUGUUUAGCCCAACUUCUGCACUGAUAUCAAAUCUUGGUUGGAAUGACUUGUACAUUGUACCAGUUUUAUUUAGUAAAAAAGCUCCUUGUGUGUUGUAAGACUGUGAAAUCUGUUCCUGACGCUUCCCUUUCUCUAGCUGCAAGCUCAGUUUGACAUCUCUAGCUGUCCUCUGAACGUUUCCCACAGAGAAUUUGCUGCAGAACAGCGUGGAUGACAGCUGGACAGACAGCAACCUGAACCGAGUGUCAGUCAUCCAGUUCCAGGAGGAGACCAAGGCGGAGGAGGAGGACGAUGAGGCUGCUGCGGAGCGCAGAGUGAGGAAACACAACAGCACAGAGUGGCGCUGCAUGUUUGUUGUGAAAUUCCUGUUUUUCUGACAGUUGACUGUGUUCCAGGGCCUUCAGCGCAGAGCCACGCCGCAUCCUAGUGAGCUGAAAGUGAUGAAGAAGGUGAUUGAGGAGAGGAGGAAUGAAGCGUAUACAUCGAGACCUGACGGAGAAGAAGAUUUCCAAGAUCCACAUGUAAAUACAUCUUACUCACUAAGUUUUACAGCUAAAGUAAAACUCACUGAUUUAAAGGGAUAUUCCGGCGUAAAAUUAAUUUAGGGUCAGACAUACUGUAACACCGAGUUAGACACUACCUCGAGAGAUGAAUGUUGCCAACCUCUUGCUUCUCUAGUUAUACCAUCUUUCGUAGCAACCGCACGAUAGCAAUACACAGCAAUCUGAGGAGCCAUAAACAAACCUCAACCAAAACGCCACUGUAUAGCCACAAAUAAUGCUCAGAACAGCACCUAACUUCAUCAGCAGUACAUAUAGGGUCAUAUCAUUGCACUAGCUACCAAAUAUCUUUUUAACUUUGCCUAAUUUCUUUAGCAAAGAGACUAAACACAACUCACCUACUCUCUUCCAGCAGCCGCUUGUUCGUAGCGAGACCUCGGGCCAGUUCAUUACGGACUACAGCGGGGUUACGCAGCUCAAGGAAGAACAUUUAUGAUCAUUUCUUCAUGGAAAUGCAAUCAGAUCGAAACACUAAGGCAGAAGAACUACCACGUCUGCAGUGCAAAAUGAUUAAUAUGCUGACUAUUACUUUAAGGAAACGAUAAAGUAAUGAUCAUAAAUGUUCUUCCUUGAGCUGCGACACCCCGCUGUAGUGUGUCUGACCCUAAAUUAGUUUUACGCCGGAAUAUCCCUUUAAUGCAAAUGUUGUAAUUUGGCAUCACUGAUCACCCUGCACUUAACCCUGAAUAACGAAGCUGAUUUGUUUCAGGAGAAGCGGCUCAGUGAUCUGUCCAAUCAGAGCCAUGACUCCCAGGUGUCUAACAGCACACUUUCAGCCACUUCCCAUGAAGAACGACAAAAUGCGACCACACAGAGGGAGGACCUCGUGGACGGCCACUCCCCUCAGGAGGAGGAAGAGCUAGACGAGAUGGAGGUGGAGUACAUCGAGGUAAGUUUUGGUCAUUAGAUAAAAGAUUAAAAGUAUUCCCUGGUUGACUGUCCUUUUCAUUUUUCUCUCUUUAGCCCACUGUGCACUUUGCAGAGGAGCCCAUUAUCCGAGGAGGGGAAGAUGACGAUGAGGAAGAUGGUGAAGACGGCGAGAGGAGCGAUGACGAGGACGAGAGGCCCGCUAUCCCCGCCGAGAAACAGCGUCUGAUCAGAAAGGACACGCCGCACUACAAGAAGCACUUCAAAAUCACCAAACUGCCCAAACCCGAGGCCGUGGCCGCGCUGCUGCAGGGCUUCAGCCCCGAUAGUCUCAACUCCACAGCACAGGCUGCUGAGGACGAGCAGGACGAGGAAGAGGACGAGGAGGAGCAGGGCCUGUGCACACCUCAGCACCAUCACAGGCUGGAGGAGAUGGGCGAGAGCCGACAUGCGAGUAACUCCAGUCAAGUAAAGGUAAAGGGGAUUUCCACGCAGUGCAGAAACAAAAACAACUCCCUAUUUUUAUUUAAUCAUUAUGUAUAAAUCUGGAGGAUACACAGGACAUGUAGGAUCUAAGAAGUCUGCUCUGAAUCAUUUAGCAUAUGCGUCUGGUUUUCUGCCCCUUUUUUUAAGAAUAUAUUUGAGCUGGAUAUAUUUUUUGCUUGCUCAUUGCCUCUAUGUAAGCACUUAAUCCUGUAUGCAUAGAGUGCCCUCAGCACCUUGAAACCUGCAUUAAGUUUGGAACGGGCUGCCAGCUCUUCUUAAGGAUGUGGCAUUGCAUGCAGGGUCAGUUUGCAAAUGAGGAUGUCUACCCUUGAGUGCGAAAUCAAAAGUGGAGUGUUUUUAUCAGGAGUUGUUGUUCGUCUUUACUCCUUCACCAUGUCCUCAAACCUAAUGCCUUUAACACUUUAAAUACACUCAGCAUCAUUUUGACACAUUAAAAAAAACACACUCUUUCAUAUAUGAAACAAAUUUCAAAGUUUAAAUCUUUUCCUCAACUUUGCACAAACUUGCCAGAAAAGCACUCUGUCCAAUGUUCAAUUACACGAGCAGCUGCAGGCUUUCCUUUGCAGCAACACCGGCCACAUGCAGCACUAAAUUCUCACCAUAUUCUGCUGGUUUUAAUCGAAUAAUGACAUUUUCACACUCUGCUUUCAUAACACUGUGCCUUUAUGAUCGAUCGAUCGAAUGAAUGAAUGAAUGAAUGAAAUCUGUUUGAAGAAAAUGAUUCCUCUCAUCAAUUUGAGAGACAAAGUGGAAUAUUUUGAUUUUUAAUGCUGUUUUAACACUUUACCCAAUCUGUUGUGUGUGUGUGCAAGAGUUAUUGUAUGAUGUCCUGUGUAUUCAAUGAACAAAGACCAACCAGAGCUCAUACUGGCAGAGCUGGACUGUAAGAUUCAAGAAGCCCUUGUUUGCUUUAUAUGGUAACAGUCGUCUUUAGAUGUCGAAUAAGUUUAACGACUAAGAAACUUUCUUGUGAAUCAAAUUUGAGGAAGACAAAAUCUUGUUUUUCGGAUUUGUUUGAACUUUUUGUUACGGCCUCUGUAACUGACUUUAGAAAGGCAUGCUGUAAAUAUCUCCAAGUAUGCAAUUAUGUCAGAAAUUUCUGGUCCUUUUGUCUAAAAUUAGAGCUUGUUACUGGAGGAGUUUACUCUCUGUGGUGUGGAGGCUGGGAGCUUUUGCCGUCUCUUGUCCGCUCUCUCUACACUGCACUGCAGCUCAGCUCCUGGGUCUUGUCUUUCCGUCUCUGCCUGUAUUUGCUUCUGGUGGCUGGGGAGUGUGUGAUGGUAUUACUUCUGCUUCACGGUGGUCUCUCCUCCUGGGAGACCCACAACCUGUAAGCAGAUGAAUGAGUGUCGAGAGCGUUUGGUGAAGUUUAUUGAAGAAAUCAAAAGUUUUUUAAACUUUAUUGAGUCUUUAGCGUGUGUGCGAGCGAGCGAGCAUAAUUUUUAAUUUGGCCUGACUAAUCCGCAUGCCUCUCGCUGGUUCCUGUCCUAACAGGGGGUGUCAUUUGAUCAAGUCAAUAAUCUGCUGAUUGAACCUGCUCGAAUUGAGGAGGAAGAGGUCUGUACAUACUCUUUCCCGUCCCGUCCCGACCGGUCUAUUUCCCCGUCUCCCUCACUCAACCACUCAUUCACCCACCUGUGUUCAGAGGUAGAAGUAGCACACACAGAAAUUGUUGGUUAAUGUGAGCCAAUCACCAGGGACCCCCUAAUCACAGCUCAUUAAUGAGACGACCAAUGUGGCAGAACCUCAUGCAGGAAUGAAGGAAACACUUUACUGAUUUUAAUACUUAGUCACUUAAACAGCUGAGGAGAGCUCACUUUGACGGUAAAUAAAUGUUGUUUUUUUAGUACAGCCUCAAUCUUGUUAAUUUUUGAUCAAUCAAGUGCGGAUCAAAGUCCAGCAUCAGGUCCUGCCACACUGUGUCUCUGCUUCUUUGCCUUCCUUCUGCUUCUGCUGCUUUGCUUCUUUUCACCUCCUGUUCCCGCUGUGUCGCCCUGUUAUGACUCGGCUGGUUUUUCACUGUGAGAGAGCGACGUCUGCUUCUCAAGAUUCCUCCAGGAACGUAUUUUUUGGUACAAACAGGAAAGUCAACUUCCGAGUGAAGCACUUCCAGAGUGAUGAAGAUGACUGAAGUUCACCUCUCAGCCGCCCCCCUUUUAAAAUUGUAUAGCUGUGUAGAUUGUAUGCUUGCAUGUUAAUGUUAAUUGUAGAUGUGUUGUGUACCUUUUUAGAUACUUGUUUUUAUUACAUAUACUGCAUGAAAUGACGUUACAUGAUUUCUGUUCAAUUUUGGAAAAACUUGAAACAUUUGUGAUAUCGACCCAAAUAUAAGACAGUUUUUUUUUUCAUAGAAAUUCAUCAGACAUGUGAGACUGUCUGACAUUCAAGGUUUAGCACUUACAUGAUUACAUUCACAGACGACAGUUCCAUUAAUCUGUAAAGUAAGACGUAAAAAAAAAAACACUGCUAUCACAUAGUGUAACGGCUGAAGGUAGCUGAAAUGAAAUAUUAAAUCAAAAAAAUUUGCAUGGUAGUAUGUGAUUAUGAAACAGAGCAAAGGUCUCAUUAGCAGACCCAUUAUCCAUCUGCUCGACUACAAGUUAUUUUAAUUAUUUUAGUAGUGAAAUUAAGAUACCAGGUUAGUAAAUCAUUCAAAGUAUUUCAUUUCAUUCUAAUUUGACAAUUUAAUUAUAAAACGGUAAUUAAAAACAUGAUUCCAUUAAAAAGAUAUUACCAAAUCUACCUUCAUUUAAUGAAUUCCUUUUAUAUUUGCCAAUCUAUUUUUUUAUUUUUUUUUAAAGAUUUUUCUUUUUCCAAAACCUAGUCUUGAGAAUUUUGGACCCUCUGACAUUCAGGGUUGUCUUAUAUUUGGGUCACUCUGGUAAGUAUCAUUUAACUCGUCAGGUUCCUGGUUAAUACUUUUAUUUCUUUUUAGUUGUUUGUUCGUUGCUUAUUAGACUAUUAAAGUCAUCUUAAAUACUAAGACAUCCACUCUACAGAUCUAGGUCACAGCCCACUCUUCAUAUCUUCACAUUUCCUUCUUCAUCUUUCCUCUUCUUCAUCAUUCAUCUCCAUUUCCACCAUUUUUGCAUGGCUUGCAGACGUCAAGGUCAUAUACAGUCGAACUUAUUUAGUUUUUUACCUCACAUUAUCAAACAUUCACAGAUAUUGUUACGGUGAGGUUGAGGCCUCUGUGAAUCCAGUUGAAGAAGGAUUUAGAGCGUUGGUUUUUGUUCAGUCUGUGUCUGAAGUCUACUGUCAGAUAAACGGUCACUGCUGGAUGAUUUUUACUCAGACAUCUUUUUCAUUUUUACUGAAAAUUAUUUCUUUUUAAGUUUAAUAUAAGGUGCAAAUCAUCUGACUUCCACUUUAACUGACGUUAGGCUCCAGACAAGCGAAACCAUCCACCUUAUAGCAUGAUGAUGACAGGAUGCUGCCGUUAGCGAUGUGACUCUACGCUGAGACAGAAGGAGGGGGGUCACCCAUAACUCAAUUUUCAGAAAUAAAUUGGCACCAACAUCUCUAAAAGUCAAGAGUCUUCUGGGCUGACCCCCUUCUACUCUGUCCUGAGCUGAGUGGUCUUCAGAGGAGUUUCACUGCCAGUCGUGCUGAUUCCUCCUCUUCAACUUGCAGCAUCACCUGACCAUCCAGAGACAAACAGGCGGCCUGGGUAUCAGCAUCGCAGGAGGAAAAGGAUCGACACCUUAUAAGGGGGAUGAUGAGGUAAGACGUCUGCUUGGUAUCUGGAUAAGAUGAAGGUAUGAAGAGCUGUAGAUUAGACAUAACUGGUUCUUCUUUUUGUGCAUGUUUGCAGGGAAUCUUCAUCUCCAGAGUGUCAGAGGAGGGUCCUGCAGCCAGAGCUGGGAUCAAAGUGGGAGACAAACUUCUAGAGGUACUGUUUUAUUUCGUCUUCAAUCUGUCUUUAACGAAAGAGGAUUAGGGCCACAAGAAGAGUAAAAAAAUAAUUACAGGAAGGAGGGAUUUUUUUAAUUUCCAUUUUGUCAGUUAGUGCACAAACACGAACACAAAUGCAGCCUGUUGCGGUUACUCCAGUCUUUUAGACCGCUUUCUAACUUUUUUUAGGGUUUUAUCCUUUCUUUCUACUUCUCUACUUUUUCUAUAUUUUACUUAUUUUAUCUAUUUAUCUCUAUGUUUUUACUUAUUUUUAUUUUAUCUUCUAUUUUAUCUAUUAUUUAUCUCCUCUUUUACUGUUUUUACUGUUUUUACUUUUACUGUAUCUGCAGUAUUUGUAUUAUUUGGAGUACUGUAACAAAAACAAUUUCCCCCCGGGGAUUAUUAAAGUAUUUCUGAUUCUGAGAUUGAAGUUGAAAUUUUGAGAUUAAAGUCGAAAUCUUAAAAAGUCAAGAUGAAAAAAAUUGAAAUUUUGACAUUAAAAAAAUUACUUACUUGAAUAAACUAAGAAUAAAGUCCUCAUAUUCUGACCUGUUGUUUAAGAUGGCAGUUGUUGAAAUAAGAGCCAUGGAGCAUUUCGUGAAAAUGUACUUUAAUAAAGGUUUCUCAAACAAGGAGAUACUAAAUCUUUUGGCACAUCAGCACCACAUUAUCAUAAGUAUCAUAAUGAUUUUAUUAUGACUUUAUUCUCAUUAGUAAUGACUUUAUUCUCGUAAAUUAACGACUUUAAUCUCAAAGUCUUCUUUUUUUUUCUUAAUGUGGCCCCGAUACUUCGUCGUAGUUAAAUGAGUUAUUCUCUUUUUCUCUUUGUCUCAGGUGAAUGGAGUAGACCUCCAUGAAGCAGAACAUCACACAGCUGUAGAAGCUCUCCGCAGCUCCGGCGCUACUGUCUCCAUGACGGUGCUCAGAGAGCGCAUGGUGGAGCCAGAGAACGCCAUCACCACCACGCCGCUGAGGCCGGAGGACGACUACUUCCCUCGAGAGAGGCGGAGCAGCGGCCUGGCGUUCAAUUUGGAAACGACACCGAGCGGGCCUCACCAGCGGCUCUCGACCUGCCUGAUCCGAAAUGACAAGGGGCUGGGGUUCAGCAUCGCAGGGGGGAAAGGUUCUACGCCAUACCGCACAGGAGACACGGUGAGACCAUAACAACCACAAUUCAAGUCAAUGACUACCAAUAAACCCCACUAGAAGACAAGUUACUGUGAUGAAUAACAAGUUCCCUAAACAUUGAGAGAAUAAAAAGUGUUUUUACUAAUUAUGUUGAAUGUUGGCAGAUAGUUUCUUGUUUUGUCGGAGGUCCACCUCAGUGAUUGGCUGGUGCAGUCUUGGAGUUAGUCAGGUCACAAACUGUUUGCAGGAACCAUCUUUUAACAGCGUCUAUUCUAGCAGCAGCGUUUACAGUCGUCACCAAGGAGACAGAGAUAUGAAUAGCCAGACUUGACACCCGAUAGUCGCUGCAAUUGGACGGGGCGAGGUGCAUAUUUGGGCCAGCGCUGCACUGCAUCGCAACUCAUGCCGCUCACUGGGCCCACAAAGAGGAAAGGACUCAUAAACGAGUGAUUUAGGCGGGUCUGACUGUAAGUCUUGACUCUCUUUCAAAAGCUGGAAUUGAUGCAGGGACUGGGCUGGUGGUUGGUUGGUGUGAGGAGGAGGUGCUGUGGACUUUGCUCCUGGAUUUGUUUACACAUAUUUGUUUGUGUUUAUGUGUGUGUGUGUGCGGGGUAGAUGAGGCGUUCAGCUGGGUUUUAUUCGGUUAAACAAAUUUGCAAAGGGACAGAAUGUCUGAAAGGUCAGGCUUUUGAAUUAACCGAUCACACUGUCACGUGUCUUAAAGUCCUGUGUUAUUUAUGUUUGGUUUUUUCAAUGUUGUCGGCUCAGUUCGACCUUGUUAAGCUGCUGUAUUUGCUGAAGCUGAUGAAUCAAAGAACUUAAAUCCACAUUUUGAGAAAUCUCACUUACUGGCUGGUAGCUCUUCUUUUAGACAGCUCACAGUUAGAUCAUUGAUUUAUGGCACAUUGCAGCCUGUUGCACCAGUUUACCUCUGACCCUGACCCCUCGAGACAGAGGAGGACAGAAAAGAGUUAUGGAACUUCUCUAUCUGUGCGUCUGGUUUACUAUGUUUAAUGCUCUGUCGUAAAGUUGUAUGAUUUCUCGAUAUAUGUAGAGACAAAAUUUCUAAUGUGUAUCUUUCUUUUUUUUCCUUAGGGAAUCUACAUCUCUCGUAUCGCAGACGGUGGAGCGGCACACAGAGACAGCACACUGCGCGUAGGCGACAGAGUCAUCUCCGUGAGUGUUUCACAGCCAUACACUCAUCUACAUGGGAGCGUUCUAGUGCUCCACAUGAUCACUUUACACUGUUUCCAUGGAUCCCAGAAAGGAGACGGCUCCAGAGAGGAUUUACAAACUUAAAAUGCAGUACACUGCAAAUAAGUCAAAAGUUCGGGCUUCUUUUAGUCCUGUAUUCCUCUGUUUAAUGGAAAAGUCUAUUUGUCAUUAAGAAAUGUGAUGAAAUUCCAUGUAAAUCCGCCCAAUCUCUACUCUAACCUGCAAAGUCUUGACAUAAAUACUAAAGCUUGAACUAACAAAAAGAUUAACUCCUAAAAUUUGUGUUUGCAGCUCAUACCAACAAUAACACACCCUGUCACUAACUCUAACCCUCACUCCUCUCUUUCGCUCAUUUUGUAGCUCUUUUAGUUCAACACUGAGAUUUGACUGUUUUUUCUGCUGCCAUAGAACUUCUGCAUGACCUCCAAACAGUUACAUUUUCAGUUGAUCACAUUCAAAUCAUAGAAGUAGAUCUGGCAUGUUUUUAUGAUCAUAAAUGUGAACACUUUCAUCGAACACUCUCACCGUAAAUUUACCGAAGGAGGUGAAUUAAGAUCUGUCCUGAGAUUGCUCUUUUAGUACGCUUCAAUUCAAACUUCGCUGCCCUUCCUGAAUUAUCCUCUCUCUGCUUUCUUUCCAAGUUUCCUCUUCUCUUUUUCCUUCUGCAGCUUUUUCAGCUUUUUACCUUGUUAGCCAUAUGUAGGCCGCCUAUUUCUCUCUUUCUCUGGUAUCUGCAUGCUUGCUAAUGCGUUACAUGCAUCUCCUUGCCUGCUUGGUGGUGGGUUUUGGUGUCGGGGUGGAGUGAGCUGAGCCUGUCGUUCUGCUGACAUGGUUAACACACGUGUGUUACCAUGGCAGCAGGUCGGGCGGCAGAUCAGCCCGUUGGUAAGAGCUGGUACUGUCGGGUCAGUGCUGACUUCUGCUUGUCACUUUAGACCAGAGUGAAGUUUUAAAGAUUGUGCAUGCUUGAGAACUAAACCCUAAUCUAAAAAGUUCAGUAAAGGUGAAGAUUGAAUCAGUUUUUAAACAAAGAGGCCGUGUCAGAUCUCACGUAAUUGCCUUUGUCGACUUAAGAUCAAACUUUUUGAGGAAACUACCUACUUCCACUUUGUGUUUUAAGUAAACAAAGGCAAAACUGAGGGGUAGAGAGUCAAACAGAUGAACAUUUACAGCAUAGAAAGAUAGCAUCACGAGUCGCCUUGAGCUGGCUUUAGGAAAAGAAAUCACCUUUUUGAAACAGGAGCAGCUAUUUUGCCGCUAGCCUUCCCUAGCUUCAAUCGCCUGCAGCAGCCCGCUGUCACCCGCUCCCUCUUUUCCUCUGCCUGUCCCUGUCGCUCUGUGCAGGUGUUGGGUUCUUCUCCAAAAUAACAAUACUCACUUUGAUCCACUCAUAAUCAUUCACUGAACUGUUGUAGAUGUAAGGUAGAGGAGACCUAUGGCAGCAUGCCGUUGCCAGCAUGUAUGUUUUUGAUAAUCCUCAUCGUGGCUCAUGUCAUUGAGAGCAUCUUGGUGGGCUGACCUCCCCCCCUCCGUUGGUUGGUUUUACUGUCGAUCCAGAUCAAUGGUGUAGACAUGACAGAGGCCAGGCAUGACCAGGCAGUAGCGCUCCUUACCGGCACUUCCCCCACCAUCGCCCUCCUGGUGGAGCGUGACCCAAGAGCUCCAGGGGGCUCUCCGGGUCAGUCCAGGGCACGAGCCCACUCCCCUCCACCUCCAGAGCCCUCAGAUUCACCCGACCAGGAGGAAGAGGGCCUUCAGGGGAACCAUCUGAGCCAAAUGGAGGACGAGUAUCCCAUCGAGGUGAGGCCUUUUGAGGAGCGGCUUCAGCGCUUUGAAACGUCUGAAAGCUUUUUAGUCUCGUCGGACGACGCUGUAGAAAACACAUUAAGCCAUUGAGCUUUAAUGUUUGUUUAUUUGGCCCACGCUUUAUCCUUAAUGCUGUCCAGUUCCAGAGAAGAUGGUGUACGGUAUGGAGGCUUGAUGGAAUUAAAAUACUGCAGUAGAGUAGAGUUUAGCUUGGUAAUGGCAGCUGUAUCAGCCCUGUUGUCAAUAGUGCAUUAAUUCUGCUGUAGAGUGUAAUGUAGGAAACUGAUAAGUGUUGAUUAGAAGAAGUUCAGAUGUAGUCUUCACAGCAACUUUGGACCUGACGUCACUUUGAUCAAACUUUAGGCACAGAAUAUGUUUUAGAUCUUCACUCUUUACCCGCUUAUCCUGACAGGAGGUGAUCCUGGUGAAGUCAGGCGGCCCUCUAGGUCUGAGCAUCGUGGGAGGAAGCGAUCACGCCAGUCAUCCAUUUGGCAUCAACGAACCCGGGGUGUUCAUCUCAAAGGUGAAACUUUAAAAGAGACGUCAACGUCCCCGCUCUCUGUAUGUAACAUGUAACACUAAACUCGGUCUGCCUCCUCCUCUUCAGGUGAUUCCUCACGGUCUCGCAUGCCAAAGCGGACUCCGUGUUGGCGACAGGAUAUUAGAGGUUAACGCCAUCGACCUGCGUCACGCCACACACCAGGAAGCUGUGCGAGCCCUGCUGGCCAACAAGCAGGAGAUCCGUAUGUUAGUGCGGAGGGACCCUUCACCACCGGGGAUGCAGGUGAGACAGCCUGUUCAAGCACCAAGACGUGCAAAUGCUCACAAGUAUGACACCUGAUAAUCUGUGUUUGUGUCAUCACAGGAAAUAAUGAUCCAGAAGCAGCCAGGGGAGAAACUUGGCAUCAGUAUACGGGGAGGUGCAAAGGGCCAUGCAGGAAAUCCUUUUGACCCCACAGAUGAAGGCAUCUUCAUCUCUAAGGUUGUAGAAAUAUCCUUCAAACAAAAACUUCGCAGUUUAAUCAAGACAUGAAAAGAGAUUUAAGGCCAGAGAGCAUCUUUUUAUUGAUUUAGCUGCACCGGCUAAUUAGUUUAAUAAUACAAUAAAACAAUUACAUUUCAAAAACAUUUCACUCAAAUUGCCAUCCAGCGUUAAUAAACCCCCUUGUUUCCACUUUGGUUGAUGUUCAAACAGGUGAGUUCAAGCGGAGCGGCAGCGAGAGACGGCAGACUGCAGGUGGGCAUGCGCAUCCUUGAAGUGAACAACCACAGCCUCCUGGGGAUGACCCACACAGAGGCGGUGCGAGUGCUCAGAGCUGUGGGAGACUCCCUGAGCAUGCUGGUGUGUGAUGGCUUUGACCCUCACAAAGUGGCUGCUGUGGAGGUGAGAGAGACAGAAUGUUAUUUCAGUUUGAGAGACACUGAAAGGAGAUUAAACCAGGAUUUAAACAACCCAGUCGUCUCUGGUUAACGCUCAUUUUCUCAAUUUCAGGCGUCUCCUGGCAUUAUUGCCAACCCAUUUGCAACAGGCAUUGUCCGGAAGAACAGCAUGGAGAGCAUCUCUUCUAUCGACCGAGACCUGAGCCCAGAGGAGAUCGACAUCAUGCAGAAGGUACACAGCACAGAUUAAAAGCUGUUAUGUAAGGGGGUGAAGCAUAGUGUGUGAGUUGUUUUGCAAAAUAAAACCUCGACAGGGUGAGAUAGGAACCAGACACAAAGGUACUUAUUACCCUGCUGCCAACUAAAAAUACAUAUAAGAGAAAGUAUUGAUUUAAAGGUUGUUUUAUUUAUCUUAAAGUGAAGUAUGUCUUCAGGUAGAAAAUACUCCCUCAGAUUCUGCAGUAUUCUCAUCAGCAAAGUUAGCGCUAAACUUUACAUAUUUUACACCAUACAGUCUUAUUUUUGGCCUGUUAUACAGUUAUUAACGUACAAUUAUCACUCUCAGCCAAGUCUUAACAUUAUCACUGUCUGCUGGCAUAUUACACAGAUGCAGUAAUAACAGCAGCAACUGGACGAGGUCUUUAAAUGUCGGCAUUAGCUUUUCUUUCAGACUACGUUAACCCUCUCUGUUCACAAAAAAAAAAUAGCGCGCACACCUCUACGUUUUCAGAAAAAGUUUUCAUUUACAGUAACCCGUGUAUAUACCCCGUCAAGAGCAUUUCAAACAUGAGUGACAGUGUAGCGAGAAGCUCAAGCCCACGUUUGCCAAUCAGAAUCCCAACAACGUCCCUUCCUUUUUUCCAACCUGCUGUCGGCUACCAAAAUCUUCGUUUUCCUCUUUUUUUCACUGUUUACAUGCAAACAGAGUUUUCCAAAAUCUGCACUCUUGGCCGGAAUUUUUAAAAAGAAUCGUUUUCAGGGGCAAAAUUCUCAGUUUGCGUCUAAUGAUGCAAACGAUGGUUAAUGUCUUCGGUUUUGAAAAUGACUGGGUACGUAUAAACGGGGCCUAAACCAAUCCACAAAGACUGCCAAAGCCCCUAGUGUUGUCUGUUGUCUUCAAUUUUACGGAUGUCCCUCUUCCUCGAUGUUAUCAAAAGAUAGAGUUUUUGCCUGUUUUUCACUGUUCAAUUUGAUAUGACAUGAGUGAUCAGGGGUUGCUCUUUCUAUUCAGUAUCAAUAACUGUUGUCAGGGUUUUUUUGACCAAUCAGAAUCAAGCGUUAAAGAGCUGAGUGAUCAGUGGGAAAAAACUGAUGAAUAGCAGUCGGUCACUGUUUAAGCGGAAUAAAUCACAAGUGGACAGAAAAACGAUCAAAUAAGAGGAACUGUUUGUCGUUUGGUAACAGUGGCGUUCAAGUCAACACAUGAAUGAGGUGUUUUUGUCCGCAGCCCCGCUCUGCUUCCACAGCAGUUUGGUGUCAGCAGGUGGAAUUUUUUAACAACAGCAGAGUUUGACUCACUCCAACCAUGAACACCACACAUACCCAUCUUUUCACUUCAGCACACAGAAAGUGCCAGCACAGUUGUUUAUUUUGUCCAGAUUAGCUUUUGGGAGACUGCCCGUACUAGAGGAAUGUCAGGGGGCUUGUUGGUUGGCUCGAUUCUGUUUUUUCCUAAGCUCACUCUGGGUUUUUUUUUAUGUCAUAAAAUCUCUGUUAAAGCCGGCGGUGCUUCCAUGAAUAUUAACAGGAUGAAUCUGAAGCAUUUAUCAAAUCUGUUCCCCAGGAGUCUGAGAUGGUGAGAGAAACGUCACAGUGGGAGCGAGAAGAGAUGGAGAAAGUGGUGAGUGGAACUGGAAAUCUAUUACUCUCUUGGGAACGCUUGAGGUUAGAGUCAGGGAAGCAGAUGGAUAGCUUCAUUGAGGCAAGAGAUUUCAGGUUUUGCUCCGUCAUAGCUCAGAGUGAGCCUUUAAGUCAGAGGGCUCAGGUUUGGUUUGGUUUUCGGCUGAAUGAAGCGUCUCCUCGGCACACUGCGUGUGGGUAUUGUGUUCACAGAUCUAUUCCUGCAAAGUCCCACCUUGCAUGCUUUUUCUGCUCCCAUAGCUAAUGAAUAGAGUACUUUUUAACGUGUGCAAACUCUAUCCUUUCUUUCCCUUCUGUUUUCUCUCCUCUCUCCUUUCCUUUUGGUGUGUUUGGUGUGAUACGAAAUCAUCCAAUCAUCCCAUCCCCACAUCACUCUCCCACUGCUAUUUUUCUCCACUUCACCCCCACCUAACAUUAUUUUCCUCUUCUGUAAAUCCAUCUUAACCUUUCAUCGCAUUACUGUGUGGCUGUGUGUGGUUGGGUGUACUCUCCUCCUCCUCCUCCUCCUCUUCCUCUCUUGGUGAAGGAGCGUAUGCGUUUGGAGCGUGAGGAGGCAACUCGCCUGCUAGAAGAGGAGACUGAGGUGAGACACUCCUCGUCCACUGUUCUGCAGACUGCUCUCCAGUCUGUGCUGAAGGGGCACAAAAAAACACCCUCUCUCUGCUGUAUCUUUUAGUGCUGUCAUGUCAGGGGGAUUGUUUUUUUUAUUUGCUUGUUUUAGAAAAGUCUGUCUAGAGCCACAUUCAGACUGGACUUAGUUUUACUGGAGGAAGUCUUAUCUCAGUAGAGUUACUGUUGACUUUAUCUGACCAGUCGAGCAUGUCUGGUACUAACACUGUAAUAAUGUAAUGAGCUGUUAUUCAGAUGUAUACAAGAGCAAAUUACAGGUAGCCUCUUGUAGCAAAGCAUAAUUGUCAGUAUUUUGACAUAGAAAAUACAGACAAACAUAUUCAGCAAACCGGUUUUCUUUACCCACAGACUCAGGGAUUGUGCUCGGAUUCACCUUUCACCUUUGAACUCAUCUAUCGGUCACAAUUUAAAUUUCAGUUCGAACAAGAAGGAUAUCGGUUGCUUUAAAACAUCCUUACUUUCUGUAUAUCUAUAAAACUAGAUUUGUACGGACCCCUUACUGGGCUUGACAUUAACUUUUUUCACAAGGGGUACGUGUGCUAAGUUGAAAAAGUAAGGAGCACAUGAAGAACUUUAGGGGCACUAUGAAAAUUGUCUUAUUGGUCGACAUAAGUACUAUUAUUUAAAAUCAAUUUUAGGUCUUUUGGUCACAUGACAUGGAAGCUGUUGAAGAAAAUGUUCAAAAUUUGCCUUAAAAUUUACCACAAAAAUUGAUGAGAACAAAUUAGGGAAAUAAAGAGGUGUGUCUUACUGUCCGACCUUAGUACUAUUAUUUGAAAUCAAUUUUAGGUCAAUUAGUUACAUGACAUGGGAGCUAUUGAAGGAAAACAGACAGUCCCUUAUUCAACACCUGACGUUGACAGUGAGGAUGCCAAGUAGAUUCAACCGCGCUGAGAAGACACCGGUAGAUCUGCAGUGAAUGUCUGUCUGAUAUCCAACCUAAAACUAACUUCACUGCAAUAUUUACAUGAAAAAACAUUUGUUGCCUCUGCUAAUUUUUUUAUGCGCACAUGUGCCCCUAAAUACAUUUUACAAUUUGCACGUAUCUAUUUUUACUCCCAAAUGCGAGUGAAAUGGUCGCACUGCCUUACAAGAAUUAGUUCUAAACGUCUAAGACAGUCUCCCUAGUAAAACUGAUCCAGUCUGAGUAGUCUCUUGCCUGAUCAGUAUAAGGUCUCAGCCUUGUCCCCUUCUUACCUCUCUUUUCUAUCUAUUCCUCUGUAGACCAUUGGCACAGGACCGCUAAAACUUGACUACAAAACCCUGGCUGCUCUUCCCACCACCAGCCUGCAGAAGGUCAACAGGGUAAGACUCCUCUUAUUCAAAUGUUUUUUCGCGGCACCAUCGUGACCCUGUUCAUUUGUAACAGGUUUACAGAAAGAGUUCAGUCCUCCUGAGUCGUAAGUUGCGUGUAUUUCUGCGCGCUUUGUUGGAAGUGGCCUUCGUGGCUCAGAAUAGACGUCUCUGUGGAAUCCUUUGAGUUUAUGUCCUGGGAAAUGGAGUGACCCAGAGUCCACCAGUUGCCACUCCAGGAGGAGGAAUGUAACCUCCCUCCAUGUGCAUAACCCGCAAGUCAACAUGACUGCCGGUGGCUCCAAGGCCAAACCCAUACGACACGUCCUGUCAAUGUGAUGUAAUUUUGUCCUUCCGGAAGAAGAGCGCAAACGGGAAGAGAAGAUCGAUAAAGAAGUUUGAAAGAGGAUCAAGACUAGGAAAUCUAAACAGAAUAAUGGGAAACCAAAGUGGCAAUGAAGAGGAAGAAGACUGGAAAUAUUUACAAGCCAUGGAAGAAGGUACAACAGAGAGGAAGCAUGGCCUGAGAGCCGGCACUGUCUGGUCUGAUCCAAAAUAAAGUGUGAGUGUGUGAAAGACCUGGCAAGACGGGGAAAAGGGACAGCUGCCCACUAUCACACAGCCUAUCCCUGGUGAUAUUUUAAACCUGAAUCUGGCUCUGAAUUGGAUGGAGCCCCUGUGGUGGGUGGGGAUCUGGACAGAGAGGGUGGGUGUCGUCUAAGGGGAGCAGACAAGUGCUUCAGUUUGAGCGCCUAAAACCGUCUGAGGAGUUAGUAAAGAGUGGACGCUCAGCUCUGUUCUGUUACCAACCUACAGGUAGUACGCUUUUCUAUUUCUCCUUUUUAUAUUUGUUUACUAUUUUUAUUUAUUCUCUGUCCACUUCAUCAUGAUCAGUUUGUCUGCACCAGGCAAUGAUUAUAAGAUUUGGACUUGGUGAUUUAAGAAAGACCCACUUUUAUCCCAUUUACUGAAACAGGCGAACUUUUCCUUUUCUAUCUGGGUCACAGUGAAUAAUGCAGAACUGUACAAGAGCUGUGUAAGCUUCAAAUAGACGGCUAUCAUAACUUAGUUUUGGUGCCCUACUUGUAUAUUUGGGGCCGGUUAAGAUUGUCUGUGAGAACUUAACCCACAUUUCUUGAGCAGCUGUCAGUGCCUGGUGUUAGAGCUGGAUUUGCUGCCCCGGCACACGUGGUCCUGCUCUAACUGUGGAGACUUGUUUAACCCCUACAUUAGUAUGAAUGAAAAUGUAAUGUGAGGACAAAUGUUGCAAUAGAGACGAUGAUGAACAUUUAGAAAUAUGAAGGUAAACAAAUGGAGUCUAUUUAGUUUAGUGGAGGAGCUUUAAACAGGGUGCUGUGAUUUUUCUAUGAAUCAGGUUUGAUGGUUUUUAUCAUUACUAAAAAAAAAAAGGGUUAAGAGUGAAAGCCUGAUGUAACCCCGACUGUAUAGUUUCAAAGGUUGGAUCAUACAGGCUGAAACCUUCCCUUUUUGCUCAGAGGAAGUUGUGCGCCAUGCUCCAGAGGUUUUCCCCUCUUCCUUUAAAACAGCCUGAAAUCUAUUGUUCUCUAUCAGUCUAUAGUCACGUAUAGUCUCUUAUCAUUUCCUUUGUAAGCCGAAUUGUUUCACGUUGCAGUCAGCUCAUUCUUUUACUAGCUGUAAUUAUUUUUCUUAUCUCAGUGUCCAUAAAAUUGCCUUUCUGUCUAUGACAAUGGCAACAACUACAGGCACACACAUUCAAACUGACAGACUUCAUGAUUAUCUGAUAGUAGCUUAGAUUAGGCUGAUUUCUGGUCGGUGCAACCAAAGUAAAGACAUCCCAACAAGUUAUUUCCACUUUUCAUAUCUCUUACAGUUACACCAACUUUUGGCAGCUUUAUCUGUGCAGCUCUUGGGGUCAAAGACAAAUUUCCCUAAGGGGACUAUAAAGUGUAUCGUAUCCUACUAUGUCGAACCGUUCCGUAUCGUGCCAUAUCAUAUCAUAUCGUAUUGUAUAGUAUCGUAUUGUAUCGCAUUGUAUUGUAUCAUAUCGUAUCGUAUUGUAUCGGAACUUAUCGUAUCAUAUCGUAACUUUUACCAGGAUGCCAGCAGACAUUUAUUUUUUAGCAUUAUGGAAAUAUCUUUCAAUCAAUUUUAUUUAUCUUAGAAAAAUAGACUGUUGUACAAGCUUCUGUUCCCGGCUGGCUCAGCACCUCGGCAUGCUGGUGAAGCAGCAGAAGUCUCUCCCACCCCAGCUGUCCCUCACAGUCUGUGUCAGAGCCAAAAGGGCACUCGUUCACAUUCCAUCCCACUGACCCUCAUCCCGACAAAGACUCUUAUAGUCAGCAUAAAGAGACGCAUAACCGCCUCACAAUGCUUGUUGUAUAUUCUUAGUGUGGCUAUUUCAAUUAUCAGGGUCAUGUCUGACAGCAUCCAGAGCUGGUUAGUUAUCUCGGUUGACUCGGCUCUUUAAGAAGGUGUUUCUCUACAUGUGUAAAAACAUGACACCUCCCUCGGCGCAGUUACAGUGUCGGGUUUCUUUGCAUUUUUUCCUCUCCUCUUUCAGUGACAUCACUCACCCUCUUUACUCCGUACAGUAGGAGCUGAAAGUUAUCUGGAGCCAGAGAGUCUUGCUGAUCUGAUAAUGUGUUUAUUUAAGGCAGAGGCUAAGAGCCCGGACUGCUGUAAUGUGUCUGCUCACAUACAGCAGCAGCAGCAGCUAACAUGUCAGGGAUGAUGAGCACUGAGACUUAUCUUUAAGGCUUCAGGAAAGAUUUAGUGAUGUGAGAAACUCGCUUUAGCAGCUGUAGACUCGUGUGUCAAGAGUAUAUUUAGAAAAGCGCAUCAAAGAGAGGGGGAUUCCUCGGCCCCCUCAUCUUGUUUGUUGUCACUUUUUAUAUUUACCAAAAGUUUAUUUACUUUGUGACACGAGUUUCUUGAUUCUUCUUCCCUAUUUUUGCACUAUUUACAUGUCUUUUAGAAAGGGUUUUGCUGCUUUGUUGGAUUAAAAAUCAGAUUUAUUUUCAUCUCAUUUCUCAGUUUCUUUUCUUUUCUCUUUUAAAACCUUCACUAGUUACUCUUUUAGUUUCUACAACUGUUUUCAUGUCUGUGUGUGAGUUUAUCCUGUCCGUCCUCCUUCUGUCCUUUCCAGUUCUCUACCUCUAUAAGUCUGACUGCCCCCAUGGAGGCCCCCCUUCAGGCCCAGUACGGCGCCCCUUUAGAGCCGUUGGUCUUCAGUUUAGCCAACCCAAUAAAACCUCUCAAGGACCACGAGGACCAUGAGUCCUCCCCGAGUCUGAACACAGAUCACACUUUUCAUCACGGAUCCCAAUUCCCCCCUAAUGGGACCACCACCACUACAUCUGACAGUGCUGGCUCAUCAACAACCAUCAGUUCAUCGACGUGUUUAGCAGAAGAAGAAGAAGAAGAAGAGUGUCUGGUGGACUCUCAGCCCAUCUGCUUCAAAGAGAACCCUUUCUUAGUGGCGAAUCGUAAAGGAAAAGGGCGCCCACCUGGAGAGCAGAUCCUGUCAGGGCCUCCUGUGGGCUACGGGAAGCAAGGCCAACUGCAGCCCUGGUUGUUCAGCAAGGCAAGCAGCCUGCUCGGUUGUGGGUUUGAGGGCAGCAUGGUGUGUUACUGCACAGUUUGUUACACGACACAUUUGCGGGAAUUUUACGUCAAGUUUGCUGAUAUCUUUGAAUUGAUUUGAAGAUGUCUGUUAAAGUCCUUUUAAAGAAAUAACUUCCAACUUUGAGUUAUGCCAUUACAGCGUCGAUUAGUCAGGUUCUCUGUGAGUUUAAAAGUAUUUGGGUUUUCAGCUGCCACGGGAAAUACAAAGUUUGAAGUCACUGACUUGCCACCUCACUGCUCUGGUUUGCGCUCACUACUAUAAUUGCGCUCUUUCUCCCCAGGUAAGUAGGUGUUUUUAAGAGUAAAAGCUUCAAAAAUCAUUAUAUGGUGCUGUCUGUUGCCCAGCGACAGGCUGCUGGUCACAGAGGAGCCCUGAGAAGCUACAGGGAAACAAAAUUUGCCCUCAAACAGAGCCAAAAAUAUACAUAUUGGACUUUGACCCAGCUGAUGGAUAGAAACACAGCUUCAGACAUUUUAUAAUAACGACCACAUGUGCACAAAUCAUCUUUGCUAACCACUUUGCUAACUGCUUGUCGUGCUGCAUUCACAACUCUUCUGCACACUGGAAAUUAUUUGUCACUGCAACUUUGAAAGAAACAAAUUUUUCCCAAAGUGGAGAUUGAAUCUGUUCAGUUUUGGUUUUACAGUGUUCAGAGGUUCAUGAGGAAAACUGUCCAACACAGCAGAUCAGUCUGAGUUUGAACAUCAAGCUGAAGUGGUGCAUGUUUUUGCUGUGAGCAUGGAGCUUGUAGCACCUCAUGUGGUAUUCAGGCACAUAGUCAGAACACCGUCAGGAUCGACAGGAAUGUCAGAGCCGACAGCUGCGAGGGAGGUCAACAGCUAUGGAGGACCCAUGACCUGCAAGGCGCACAUUAAAGUGCACGUUUAUCAGCCAGAGCUUGUUGUUUGUCAAAACUCCUGAACUGUCCAAUCUCUCCAGGACUAACCAGUUUCGUAUUAGUGUGCCACAUUAUUUCUUGGUGUGCAGCUGUUAACUGUUUUAAUGUUUGUUUCUCCAGGCGCCUUCCUCCGAUUUUACCCGGACAGAGAGCCCGAUCAGGGAAGCGCCAUACUCUCCCACAAUUCAACCGGUGAGCAGCCUUUUCACCCGCCACUUCCCAUCUGCUUUCCUUCCAUCUUUUACUUUAUUUCCUCCUUCUCCAUGAGUCAUUCCCUCCCUUGCAGAAGAGAUAUUUUGCCGUUGACACUUGUGACUUCUCCUUCCGCCUGUAGCCCAGCCUUCACUCUUCCAACAGCUCCCUGUGCACAGGCAGGGAGACCCGCUUCGUAAGUGGGUCUUGCGGCCCUCUCUGCUCUGGCCUGGAUUCAAAAAAACAAAGAAAUGUAGCACAUGUAUCUGCUGCUCUGAGACCUCUUUGUUAAUAAAACAUCAUCAGAGAGCGACAGGUCAUGUCUGCUACAGUCUGAAAAAGCAUGUGACUUCUCCGUGGCCAGCUGACGUCUGAUGCUUUGCCUCAUGCAGACUGGAUGUGCAUUUAGAGGGAAAAUGAGCUUUAUGGCUGAUUGUUCUCAACUGACCAGCUGUGGCUUCUCCUCAUGAUCUCACAGAAAAAUAACAGAAUUAUACAGUGUCCAUUUUUCCUCAAGCAGUGUUGUUAAAUUUGUAUGAAUAAGAUAUCAAAAAUUAUAAUAAGAGGCUGUGCGAUACUAGCUUGGAAAAAUGUGACACGACAAAUAAGUGGUGAUGAGGUUAACCCUGUGGUGUUGAAAUGUUUAAUAGUCGACUUUUUGGCCUGGCAUCUUCCUGAAGAGCUUCAGUAGCAGAGAUGUAGUCAUUGUAUGCGCACUCUUGGUUGAAACGGGUGUAGAUGUUUCCAGUCCAUGUUUUCAGUUUUUCUUUAUUUUUUGUUAAAUCAUGUUUUUUGUUUUCAGGCAAACAUUCAUUACACCUCCACUCCCACUGCCAGGGAGGAAUCUCCAUCAUCAGUGAGUGUCAAAAUACUUUUGGUUAGAUUAAUCCUGUUGUAUAUUGAGCCAAUAUACUAACCUCUACUUCUUCAACUUCUAUAUUAUUUAAUAGAGGUGCGAUUUGAUUUAUGGGAGCAAAAUUUUAAGAGCCCAUAACUCUGAAGAAAACCCUAAAUGUGUUUGUUUCAGAGUUUUGAGCUUAAAAGCCAUCUUAAAACAAAGUAAACAUGACUGGUGCUCUGAUUCAGUGUUGUUUUUUCGUUGACAAAAAUAUUACAGACGUGACGUUGACAAGCUAAACAUAAGUCUUAGAUGACUAAAAUAUGACGAGACGAAUGUGCGUUUACGUUGACGAGACUAGAUGAAAACGGUAGUGGUGGGAGACGAACAGAGUUGCGAAAUUAAUGAGCAUUUUGUCAGUCAAACGUGAAACAUAUAGUCUGCAGUGUUGUUUUCGUUGACGAUGACGUUGACAAAAUAUUUUCAUCAACGUCAUCGUCAAAGAAAACAACACUGUUCUGAUUACAAUCUUCCAUUAGUGCUCAUUCAUUUUGAGUUCAUCCAUGUCAUUAUGUCUGCUGUCUGUCUUCUUUUGUUGAUCAAAUGUCUGUACAGAAUUUUUCACAGCUAUGUCGGAUUGCCGUCUGAUCUGUCUUAUAGUACAGUGUAUCUGUUUCUCUUCAGACGCGACCGGGUGCCAUCCAGCCAGUCGGGCGCGUGCGGCCAAGUACCUCCCCUGCCACUCCGGACGGCCACAGUCCAAACCCCUUCCAGCAUGGCCCCUCCCCCUUCAACUCCCAGACCUCUGUAAGACCCCUCACCACCACAUAGUGCUGUUUUCUCUCCGCUCACAGCUCUGUGCCGCCCGCUCUGACUGCGCUGUCUCACAGCAGUACAGCAGAGAUGCAGAUUGUAAUACCAAAAGGAUGAUUUUUGUUCCUGAAGAGGCUUGAAACCAAAGAAAGGGAGACUCUUAACGAGUCUGUGCAGUUGCUGCUGUAUGGGACCCUCAGGUACACCUGGAGGUCAGGUGAUAGAACAGCACCAGCAAAAGCAGAACCCUGAGCUCCUGAAAUAGUUAAUCAUACAGUAUUUUCUCUUAAUCGAAGCUUUUCUGAAAUGUUCCACUUAUUUUUGUCUCUGACAAGCAGCAUAGUUGGAUUGGUGAAGAACCAAGAAGCUCUGAUUUCAUUCCACGCCUUUCUGAUUUCACCCAGGAGCUCAUUCAGAAAAAUCUGUCAUGGCUUUGAGCUUCCCAGGCCCGACUCUGUGUGUUUCUCUGCAUACUCCCCUCCUCCGUCACAUGAAACCAGCCGCCAUGCUCUUCACCUGUUCUCCUCCACAGUCUUCUUCAACUCAGCUGGUUUUUUUUCAUAGUCUACCCUCUCCUCCAUGUCUCUGUCUGUCUGUCCUCCUCCUUCCCUCGGCUCCUCUUCCAUAUGGUCCUACCCCAUUUCCCCUCAUAAUCCCUCCUUCCCUUUCCCCCCCCUCCAACCUCCCCCCCUGCAGCCUCGCGCCCCCUCCCCCACCUCGCCCGACGAGUUCCCCAUGAAUGUCAAGCAGGCAUACAAGGCAUUUGCUGCCGUGCCUCGCUCACUGGCAGUGCUGGAGUCGCCGCAGGUAGGCUGCGCCGCCCGGGCUCCACCGGGUCACAAGAACAAAAACGCAUGCUGUGCUGAUUGGUUGAUCUCGCCCCCCCCCCUGCCCCCUCCUGACUGGAGUAGGCUGUCCUUCAAGGGGCCUGCGCCGUGUCGGGGGGCCUGUGACGUGCUGUGACGUGUGGAAUGCGUUCAUCGUUGGUUUUGCGUACUCCUGUGCCAUCAUCUUCCGUACCGCUGUUCAGUCUUGAUCCAUCCGUUCAUCCAUGUGUGGCUCGUGAUACUAAUAUUGAAUCACUUUCCUUUCUGUGUACAUUUUUAUCUCCCAGCUGCUAAUCAGUCUGCCUGCUCCGUUCCUGUUUCUGUCCUCCGUCUGAGUUCACUUCAUUUGAAUAACUUUCUGCUUAUCCUGCUGCUUACAACAGGACCUGUACGGUGUGAGGAACAAUUUCCACCUGAAGCAGCCCUCUCCAGAGGUGAGUCAACACUCAAAACAUUAGAUAUUCAAUCUAAAUCAUGUGAAGAAAAGAUGGGUAUUGAUUCCUUGAUGUAACUCGUUAGUUUUUAGGUGGCAAACUUCAACCUGCAUUAAUUCCUGACAGUUUGUACAGUUUAUUUUGCCACCACAGAAGAAAAAAAUAAUUCUUAAUGGAGAAUGAUGAGUCAGACACUAGUUUUUUUCACUACGGAGAGACAGCAGGGACUUAACCCCUCCUAAAGCAACCAAAACCUUUCAUUCAUUAAAGUAUUAAGUAUCAUUAUCUGAAAAUAAAAGUUAUUUUGACGUAAUUCUAAGCAAAAGCAGACUCUAAUCUCCUUGAAUUAACAGUACUUCUGGAUUUUUUAUUUUUUUGUUAGCAGCUGGCCUUUUUGUUGUUAAAAGAAAAUGAUCUUAUGUAGAAACUAAAAAAUAAACUAAUGAAAAUAAUAAACUUAUUUGAUGCUUUGAUUUUAAUUUUCAUUGUUUUGUUUUUAUUUACUUUCUCUUGCAUAUUCAAAAUGAACAACCCAAUCAAAUCAAAAUCCCAACUUUUUAAAACCAGGGUUUAAACAAAUAGCUGCCUUAAUUCAGUGUUCAAUAAGUCAACUUUAAGAAGUAAAAACAUUUCUAUUUGCUCUGAAAUAACUCCAGUUUUGUAAUGAGAAAAUAAGGGUGUCUCUCAGUCAUCCUCGUCUGACCGUCUGGUGAUGACCUGUGUGGCCUUUUCAGCCUGAGUUGAACAACGAGGUGUUUGAUGAUGACAUAGAUGGUCAGGGGGGAGCUGGUAAGAGUCCGAACAGCACGCUCUCCCCGCGUCAGGAGUAUAUGAGCCUGGCAGCAGUGCCUCGCUUCUCCAGACCGAGCAUGGAACUGCAGGUAUCCACCGCCUCCGCCACAUCGACGGCAGCCUGUUCUCUGUCUCAGACUGUGGUGUGCUUGGCUUGACGGUGGCGGUUUCUCUGCUCCUGGACUCUGGAAGGCAGCCAUGUUUUUGUUGGUUGAAAUUAAACUGCCAACUGAUGUAUAUUUAAUACGCUUUAUGGUGCUGGGUUUUCUGUUGAAGCCUAAUUUUUCUUUUUCUUCUUGGUCAGUUGUACUUGUGGAUAUUUUCCCUUGCAUCUCUUGCUCUUCUGGCAAAUGGCUUUGCAACAAAGCAAAUAUUAUCAAAAAUGGACUCUGUGCCAGUAAAAACAGGCCUUUUAUUUCCUUUUUUGUCAUCCCAAAUACUCCAGGUCCCUCUGGUGCACUUCAAAGUAAAACAAAGAGUAAAAAAAUGUGUUUUUCUUGUUUGUUUUUCAGACUCCCUCUCCUAGCGGUAAGGAUAGCCCAGAGCAGCGCUCAUUCCGGGACAGACAGAAGUAUUUUGAGAUUGAUGUGAAGCAGCAGACGCCAGAAAAACCCAAACCUCGAGUCUCUCUUGUUGGAGAAGAUGACCUGAAGAAAAUGAGGGAGGAAGAAGGUUUGUUCUCCGUUUGAGUAUUUCCUGCCAGUAAAAUGAAAAAGUAUCUGAGUAAAAAUUGACAAACUCGUCUGCUCUUCCCAACCCAGAGAGAAAGUUUGAGCAACGAGCGAGGGAGUACCUGCUCGAUGAAGAUGACGAGGAUGAGGAGGAGGACCUGGCUAAGCAGAUGGCUCACAUGAAGGCCUCUGGGAAAGUGCUGCUGGAUGGAGUCGAAUACAAGGUGGAGCCAGUUUCCUCUCCAUCUCAGCAUUGCUCCACACCACCGAUCUACAACGUCACACCACCAAGCUACUGCGGCAGCUCGGGGUAAGAAGUUUUUCAUCAUCUGUGCUUCAAAGUUUCAAAGAAAUGCGUCUUUUAACUGUUUGUUGUGUUUGUAGGCCUUCGUCUGUUGAUGGUAAGGGAGACUCUCAGAGGAAUUCACUGGAGGACAGCUUCAGGCUGGAGCAAAGACCUAACUCCAUGACAGGGUAAUUACACCCAACAACAUCUUCGAGUCUUCUUCAGUUGUUGUUUUCCUUCCACUGUACUCACUGCUGCUUGUUUGUCUCGCCAGUCUGAUCCCGGUGUACCCAGGGGACUCGGCGGCUCCGAUCCGCACAGCCAAAGCAGAGCGCAGACAUCAAGAGAGGCUCCGGAUGCAGAGCCCUGAACUCGCCGUGGCCCCUGACAAGGACCUGUCCCCCGCUGAGAAACGAGCUCUGGAGGCCGAGAAGAGGGCCAUGUGGAGGGCAGCACGGUAAAUAUAACAUUACGGCUCACUAACAGUUUUCCCCUUGAAGUAUUUUUAGCACAUUGUUCGUAAAGGUAAUGUGCAAAAGAAAAAUCUGAUAAACAUCCGACUUACUGGUUCUUUAAAACGCUUUUGUUUAAGGUAACUCGAUAACUGGCAUGCAUAAUGUCCUUCAUCCGUUUAGAAACCAACACAGCCUUCAAUUUUAAUGAAUCAGUCCCAGAUUUGUGGUUUUGUAGUUUGCUAAACGGGUCAGUGACAGGGUUCGAGGUUGUUGUUUUUAUUACCAGCAAAUCCAAGUAUCAGUUCACGGCUUAUUCUGUCGUGACAAAUCCCCGUUUUCUCUGUGUUAGUUUGUCUCCUUUCCUCUUUCUAUAUUUUCAUGUCUAAAAACUGAGUCGUAAUUAUUCCUGGCGCUCUAAAUGUCUCUUUUACCUUCCAUUCUUUGGUUUUCUUCUCUUUCUCUCUCUUCACCACUCUCUUCUUCUUCUCUUACUCUUCAUUCAUCGUGGCGUUCCUCCCAUUCUGUCCCAUCCUCCUUUCUUUGACUUCCCCUCCCUUGGCCUCGCUGGGCCCAGGCCGUACGGCUUAGAGGAGGAUGUUAGGCAGUAUGAGCAGGACCUGGCUAAGAGGCUCUACCAGGCCAGAUUGAAGGCGUCUCAGGGCACGACCGAGCCCCCCCAGCCCCCUACCUCCUCUCCUGCUUCCUCCUCUGCUGCCUCCCAGCUCAGGUCUGCUCCUCGGCCCUCAGCCACCAGGGCCAGACGCACGGCAUCGUGGGGGUGUGCUGGGGUGCUUUGGGGUAUAUUGCUAGAGGCUGAGUUCGGAAAGGUUCAAGCAAGCACUUCUAAGCGUGCCUUCCUGCCUUUCCAGUGCUGUCUUGCUUCUGCACGUCUUUGCUGUUCCUAGCUUUCUCUGGUCCCUCCCUCUUUACUUUUUGUCUCCUUGCAACACUCUUUUCAUUUGCCUCUUGCUGUUCUUUUGAUUUCCAUACCUGUAUUCGUACUAACACACAUUCCCCGGUAAGUUUGCGAUUAUCUUUAGGUCAAGGGUACGCCUACUUAUGCAGUAGGUUUUCCUUUUCCUGGAAUGCCUCUCAUUGAGAAAUGAAAUUGAAACUGGUCGACGAAGCAAACCAGGACAAGGAGCACCCAGAAUAAGUAGAGACGGGCACCACACCCACGUGUAGGGAUGUGUGACUCCUGUCAGUUUUGUCUUGGUGUUUCUUCUCUAAAUGUCGCUCUGAUGGUGUUUGUUUCUCUCGUAGAAUGAAGUCUCUGGAGCAGGAUGCACUGAAGGCUCAGAUGGUAAUCGCCAAGUCUCGCGACGGGAAGAAACGCGGCACACUUGACCAGCUGACCGAGUCACCCUCACCUGCCCCAACACCUUCUCCAACACCAAUGGAAGGUAGGGCGCUGCUGUUAAAGGGACAUUCCGGCGUAAAAUCAAUUUAGUGUCAAACACACCGUAACAUCGAGUUAGACACCCCUUCGAGAGAUGAAUGUUGCAGACCGCUUGCUUCUCUAGGAAUACCAACUUUAGUAACAACCGCACAAUAGCAAUACAGAGACACUAAACACAACUCACCUACUCUCUUCCAGCAGCCGCUUGUUUGAAGCGAGACCUCGGACCAGUCCAUUACGGACUACAGCGGGGUGACGCAGCUCAAGGAAGAACAUUUCCGAUAAUUUUUUCAUGGAAAUGCAAUCAGACCGAGACACUAAGGCUGAAGAACUACUGUGUCUGCAGUGCAAAAUGAUUAAUAUGAUGAUUAUUACUUCAAGGAAAUGAUAAAGUAAUGAUCAUAAAUGUUUGACCCUAAAUUAAUUUUACGCUGGAAUAUCCCUUUUACUUAGAAGUAUUUACAUGACAAAUAUUUCUGUUUUUCUUUCUACUUCUGCUUGUUUUUUUAACUUGACCUCUUCUGUUUCCUCUCACAGAGCUCAGUCCUCGAGGACUAACCUCUCCAGGCAGGCUGGUAAGCACCGAUCUUUUUACUUUUCCAGGGUCUUUUUUAUGAUCUGAUUUUUCCCACUGACCUUCUUGAAAAUGUAAACUGUUGAAUGUGUCCUCUGCGCAGACUUACAAAGGGUGAAUCAUCAAAUUUUUGAACAAAGCUGUAAUACUGGCUGCAGUGUUCUUGGAAAAAGGCGAGAAAAUUAGAACGGAAGAAUCUGGAUUUGCAUCAAACACAUUAAUCCAUCGGCUUGCUCAUUAUCACUUCAGCCAAUCAGCCAAAGCUGGCUGUUUGAAUCACCCAUUAGCUUUUCUGCCUCUCAUCUUUCCUUUAUAUAAUAUUCCCUCAUCCCUUUCUCCUUAUCCUUUAUCUUCUAUCCUUUGACAUUUGACUUCCUCAACCUUGUUUCUCCUUUUUUAUUACUUUGUCCCGCUUUCCACUUCUUUCUCCUCUUCUUUUUUACCUCUCCUCCCUUGACCUCUGUUCAUUCCUAUUUGCUAUCCUUCUAGUCCCUGUCGUCAAAGAAGUUUGACUACCGACAGUUUGCUGCCAUUCCUUCUUCCAAACCCGUAUACGACAUCCAGGUACUGGCUGCAUGCUGAGCUCCAGGGGCUCCGGCCUCCUCCCAAUCCCCCUGGCUUCUCCUGCUGCCUCCCCACUCUAGUUUUUUUUUUUUCCACUUAAUCAAAGAGACACAUCAGUGUGUCUUAAGUCUAUGUUUUGGCUCAGUGAUUGAUGAGAACUUCUUGCUCUGCACUUCAGUGGUGUGGCUCACUAACUCACAGUGAAGAGAAACUUAACUCUACAUGGAUGACGGCUCAAAUCGGCCCUGGGUCUCCCUCACACUCUGCCUCAUUCUUGGUUCCUUCCUUACCACUCACGACUAAAACGCAUCCCGAGCAGUAACCAUUCAUUCAGUCAUCUUCCAGCUAACCAAUCAGUCACAAACAAUAGCACUAAUGCAAACUGACUUUUUGAUCCCACUAACCAGAGUCAGUUCCGGGGGAAAAAAGCCACAAACUUUGCCUCUCAUCCACUCUCACGUUCCCUUUCAUCAGCUGUCUGUUCCACGCAUGGGUUUCAUAUCACGCAGAGGCUUCACAUGUCCUCCAAAGGCUUCCUCUCAUGCACUGGCUUUUUUUUAAAAACUGCGGUCUGCUGAAGGGUGUUUUCCUGUGCCGUCAUCAAGCUAGAACUUUCAUGUAGGGCUGCAGAGUAUUUGAUUUCUUCUCCUCUAUCUGGAAGACAAGAUGGGAAGGGAAGCGGGGGGAUCCUGGAAGUCCCUGAGUGAGCAGUGCUUGUCUUUAAAGUGGUCUUUUAUUUUGAAGGGGGGGGUCAAGUAUUCAUGGUUGUCUGUGUUGCUGUCAGACUGUUCUCCCCUAACCAUGGAAUCUUGUGUGGUUUGGUUGGUGCUCAUUGACCCGGGUUUGUUCUCUUUGUGGUGGAUGUAAAGGAGCUGAUAUUUCUGUAUUUAAAUGUGACAUAACAUUUCAGACUUCUGCAUACAAACUUACUAAAGCAGUCUACAGAAGAUGGGACACAAGCAAUGUUGACUAUUAAAACAAUUACACAGAACAACACCUAAGGACCACUACAACCUGCGAGAAUUCAGAUUAUAAAUCUCAUAAUUAUUUCAAUUUACAGAUUCUACUUAAAAAUGUUCAAUCUGUGUUGGUUUCAGCUACCAGUGUGUAGAACUAGCACUAAUAUUUAUGUAUUAAACAUGCAGAUACAGUUUAUCAGGCUGAUUUGAGCAGGAAAAUGCAUCAUAGUCCAAAUCUUAAUUUAAGAACUUAAUUUUACGCUGGAAUAUCCCUUUCAGUAAAUUUCCUCAUUUCUAUUUGAUUCCCAAAUGCAGUAAACACUGAUAUGAUUAAUGUCAGAACUAUUUUUUUUACUGCAAUUUUUUUAAUUUUAAACACAACUCACUACCUUAGUAAACUACCUUAGUAAAUGACAUAUAAUGACCAUGACAUCUGCUCAAAGUUUCCAGUGAAUAAAUUUUCAAACGCUUUACUGUCAUUCAUGCUUAAUUCAAAGUUUGAUCCCAAACCUGCAGGUUGUAGUGGCCCCUAAGUUGAAGUCACAGUUUUGUUUUUUCAACUCUGAUAACAAGAACCAAUGAUGGCAUUGACUAAACACAGAGAAGUUGACAUGCUGCUUUGAUUCUGUUGUGCAUUGCCAUGUUGGUGCUGCACUGUUGCUCUGUAUGCUGUCUUUUUGUGGAUUUGGCUGCACUACAAUACAAACCCCGGAACUGAUGAUCUUACUUAACCUCCCUUUUUCUUUAACAUGCCAAUCUCUCCCAGGGGAGUAGUCGGGUAGAGCUGGUACUGUGGCUUUAGGCUCUGACAGAUUGGGAGCUUCAGUGCUGUCUGCUUAACCAGCAGUGAGCGGUCAGCACUUCUUCUACUCAGGCUGCCUCACUGCCAGCUCCUCUGCUCAUGGUGGAGGCUUCUCCUGGGAUACAGGUCACUGACUCGCCUUCACCGCAAAGGUGUUCACUGUCUUUUUUUGUCUUUCAGUCCCCUGACACUGUCGAUGACAUGCAGUUCAUUGAUGACGGCUCCAGCAACCCAGGUGAGUCCUCAAAGUGUCCUGUAUUUUAUUCAUGAGGCAUUGUAAAAGAGAGUGGUGAGAAAAUAAGUGUGAGAUUUCUCCUAUCCCCUUUGAUUCAGGUGAAUACCUGGGAUAAGCAGCUUCUGUUGGUACGAUCCUGUGUGUAUGUGUUUGAGUGUUUUUGUUAUUGUACGCUUGAGUUAAGACAACUGAAGGUCGUGUGUCAUGUUGUGUAUUAUUAUACUCUAACCUUCCAGCUGUGUGGCAAACUGGGUUGAAGGUGUGAGGCAGGUGUGUGUCUACCUGGGUGUGCUUUGCCUGCUGUUGUUCACCAAACUAUGACAAGAUAGAGAGAGAUUUGGUGUAACUAAACUAAUACAACUCCAACUAACAGUUGACCGGGCUGUGCAUGAAAUCCUUAAAAGAACUGACUAAACCCGUUAAUCACAGGCGAUGACGAUCAUCUAAGGUGGCGUCUUACAGCUUGUUGAUGUGCAGACACAGGGUCCAGCCUUUAGACAACUCUCCAAACAGCUGACUUUAUUUUAAAAGUACGUCUGUGUUACCAUGUUACCAGUUAUGAUAGCAAAAAUAUAGAAAAUACAGGCUGAUGCAACUUGUCGGUAAUAAUUAAAUGUAUCUGUUGGUUAGGUUGUAGGCUACUGCUCUUCACGCCGACAGGAAGACCGACUGAUCAAACUCGGACCAGAAAAGCGUUUUAAUGGCUAACUCUAACUUUAGCUUGCAUAUUACAUGGUGCUUCACCGUUAACUCGGCGUGACCGAGACCAGCACAGCGGGAAACAGCGUGAAGUGGGUUGAACUGAAACUUGUUGACUACUUCACAAACUUGUUUAUCUACCGCUGAGGCGGACCACUCUCCUCAGUGCGUCCCUGAGCUUCCUGCUGCAGAUCUGUCACUCUGCUGUGCUGUGAGGUAGUUAGUGGAUGAAGAUUUUAAACAUUUUAUUUCUGAAAAUAUCUGCAAAAUCUGUGAGUUUUGACUGAUUACUGAUUAGUCUCAAAUGGACUAAAAUUGGCCGAUUUAAUCGAAUCGUUGAUAAAUCGGUUGGGCCUUAAUACACAGUAUACAAUCUAAAUGUUAAUCAGAAUUCCCCAUCUGUCUGACCCCUUUAAUCCAACUUGAUAAGAUGCUAUCACAGCUGGCAGCAGCAGCAGAUGGUGGGUUGCCAAGGUCAGAUCUAUUUAUGUCCCUCAGAGAUGUCAAAUGCAAAAAAAAAAAAAAAAAUGCAGCUAAGCACCAACACUACCAAAUCCAGAUUUUCUUAACUGGAUUAAGACGUAAGGAAAGAGAAGGUGACCCACUUGCUAACUGUCAUGUCAAUAGACGGAUCAAUGAAAUUCAGAGAGGGAUUAUAAUACGCCUGUUAUAGAAAUUUAAUCCUUUUUCACUGUGAUUUGUAUAAACCAGGUGCUUCAGUUUUUUGCAUGAAUUUUUGGGAAGUUUCCCGCUUGUUUCCAGCGUCUGUUCUAAAUGUUGGGCUUCUCUCGCAGGUCUAAGGGAUCCGCCGCUUUCUAACCUGUAAAAAAUGCCCCACAGCCAAGCAGCUCUGCAGCAGAUUUGAUUGAUGCCGUACUCUGAUUGAGGUUGUCAUGUUGUUUUUUUCGUUGUUGUUGACUAGGGCCCGCUGCGAGCCCUGAGGCUGAGGUCCCCUCCCCGCUACCCGCCACCUCAGCCCUGGAGGAGAUGGCUCUCUACAGCAACAAGCGCAAACUGAGGCAGGGCCGCCGAAGCCUGGAAACCGCAGUGCCCACGUAACAUCUCACAUUGGGAGAAAACUCUGAAGACACAAUCCAAACACACAUUUUACACAAACUGUGGACCUCUGGUAACCCCACGGGACAUCCACAGGAGGAGCAGAGUCACUAAAACACUACACAGAGUGUCAGUAGAAGAGAGUUACUCUUAUAUAACCACUGCAGAGACUAUGAAGCUGAUAGUCGCAUACACACUCACAUAUAUCCUGCGUGCCAGUCCUGCCUAUACAGUCUGUGGAUGAGCCGGCAAGUUGCUCAACAGUCACUCAAAGGCAAGGAAGAGCUAGUGUGGUUAGCUAGGAUUGCUUCUUACAGACCAUUCUUCUUAUUUGUUCUUCACUCGGUUUUUCCAAGUAGAAGCAGAUGUAUUUUUAAAAAAGGAGGUGACAGAGGAUUAGUUUUUUUUUUUAGUUUUUUUUUCACACCUCAAAUAAUUUGCUGUUUUUAAAAAAAAGUCAUACUGGAAACGAAAAGAAAUGGGUCAUAGCUAUACUAACUUGUUGAAUGAUAUUUUUAGAAUUUCAGUGAAUAGAUUGUAAAAUGUCAGGGCUCUCUUUAGGUUCGGGCAGAUAUGAGUGUAAAUAUUAAUUUAGGAGGGAACAUCCUGCUACCUUCAUGGUCACAAAUCUUAGAGAGUUUUUAGGGAGAAAAACAUUUUUUUUUGCACUGCCACAUAUCAGCUUUUAACGACACAUAUCUGAAGUAAUUUAUUGUUUUUAAUCGUUUGACUUAAAUUGAAGGCCUUUUACACUAUUUUAAUCUAACAAAAGCUUAUUAUCAUUACACAUUCUCAAUAAAAGUUGCGUAUCAGUAAGUCAAACCUCAAAAUAGAAAGACUGCAUAUCUUUUUUUUUUAUAAAUAUGUACUUUUGGUCUUUGUUGGCCUUCAUGAGCUUACAGACAACAGUAAAAGUGGGGAAUGACAUGAAGGAAAGGGGCCACAAGGUGGGGUAAAUCCUGAAUAUGGCAACACUUGGCUAUCAGCGCCCCUUGCGUAUCACUUUAUAGAUUUUUUUUUAACCCAAUAUACAUUUGUUUGGAUUCAUGUUACAUUCCCCUUACUGACAGACAAGACCACCUAUCAAAUUUAAAAAAUUCGUUAAACACCUUUCCAGCAUCUUCUAUCAACCAACGGUACUUCUCCUGCCCUCUUAAGGGAUACAUAUUUUUCAUUUUAUCGCUGUGAAAGUUUCAUAUCUGGAUGUAUUCCAGAGUGACGUGAAGGUAGCAGGUGUUUUAUUUUUCUGUCUAUGGUUAAUUUAAAAUCUGAUGCCACUGAAAAGUCAUUUAUUAUUGUGUGAAUAAUGUACAAAUAUUGAAAAGUUAAAACAAACUUCGGGUUUGAAUCUGAGCCAGUCUUGACCUUAACCAAGUGAGUGUCUGAACUGCUGAUGUGUGGAGGUUUGGACAGGCUUGGGUAUCAGACGCUCUCUGCAUGUAUAUUGGUUUGUUUAUGGGAGAGCUGAGAGAGGAAGAGCUGAUUAGAAAUCCCUCUUUAAGACAUUAAUCUCACUGCUCAACGUUCUGUUCAUGUAUCUGAUGGGUAUUUUUUCAGAAUCACAACACAGUAGCAUUUCUUUUAAUUUAAUGUAGGGUCUUCUAAUGAUAGCUUUCUAUGUUGCUCUCACUGACUGAAAUUCAGUUUGUUUGAUAACAUUUGCAUUGGCUGAUAUGUUUUUUAACUUACAGUAGAUAAUCUUUUUUUUUUCAGAUGGGUUUCACUACAUUAUUGAUGCAGUGUUUCAAGUUUUUUUGCGUUAUUCUUUUGUCUUGGGUUCUCUUUGGGGCUUUUUCUUGCAAAUAGAUUGGAGGGAAGGGUUCAGAAGACCCAGGGUCAAGGGUUAGAGCUCACACAAGACUGUAACUAGUGAAUUUGUACAACCAAAGAAGUCUAUUUUGUGGUUCAGGAAUAAUAAAUUUUACUUUUCAUUUAAAAAGCUGA